GGCGCUUCGAGGCCCCGUCUGGCAGCCGUCGGGCUGGGCUGGGAGGCGACGGAGCCGAAGCGCCGCGCUUGCGCUCAGGAGCAGCGGCGGCGGCGUGGGCGGAGAGGCGGCUUCAGAGGCUAAAGGUCCUCAGAGCGAGUAGCGGCGGUGGCAGCAGCAGCAGCAGCAGCGGCCGCGGGAGCCUUCGCUUUGUCGCCAAGAUGCCGGCUGUGUCGAAGGGGGACGGGAUGCGCGGGCUGGCCGUCUUCAUCUCCGACAUCAGGAACUGUAAGCGCGGCAGCCCCGGACGAGGAGGAACUGGGGGCGGGGGGUCCCCCGUUGCGCUGGUAGUGGGGAGAGGAAAGGGAGGUCACUUGGGCAGGGGCCGUUAGCUAUGGGGAGAAGCGGGAGGUGGGGAGGUAUCUGGGGGGCCGGGGCUGCCUCUGUCGGGCGGGGCUCCCGGGGGACUCCCCGGCUCGCCCGAGUCUUGCAGUGACUUGCGGUUCCUUUUCCUAGGAAAGAGAUCCUCGGCUCAGUAUUGCGGAAGGCGGGGGGGGGGGGGAGCGGCGUUCCUUCUCCGUAGGGCUGGGGCGGCGUGAACUCGGAUUCCUCCAGCUAGGAGGGGCCCUGUUUACAAGGCUUGCGGACGUGUGUGUGUGGAGGGGUGGGGGGAGAUGAGGACAUGCCUGUCAGACAGGGUUGCAUUGGGAUCCUUUGCAGAAGAGAGUGAAGCGGCUUGUUUGCAUGUGAUAGCGUGGCUGUUCAGGAAGGGGGGAUGGGGGGAGGAAUUGUGGGGGUCAAGAUCCUGGAUCCCCUUCUCCCUUAAAAUGAUCUGGUUGGCUGGCUGGCUUGCUCGCACGCUCACGGAAAUCCCUAGUUGUCGUUUCUGAAAUAGCCUUAGAGCUAUGGUGGUGCUAAUCCUGUAUAUUUUGAUUUGGAAAUCUGGGCUGGGCUGAAUCAGUCUCGCCGGUCGGCUGCCUGUAUAAAAGGCGCAGAGAGCCAAGCUAUGUGCCAGUUCACAUCCUGGAAAAUGGGUCCUAAGGAAAGGUGCAAAUGUUUCCUAAUUUGGGUGGGGAGAAAGUAGGAGAGGCGAGGAAAGAAAUACACUGGGACCAGUAGGAUGGAGGUAAACAUGAGUAUUGGAAGCGAAAAAGGCAGCUGGUGUAGGGAAGGAAGUAUCCCCCCCCCAAGUCUAUGUAUGAACCAGGAAACUUACUCCAGUAUUAUGAAUAUGCCUGUUAGUGGUGUCUUGUGUGCAGGAAAGCACAAAGCAGUAGGGCAGGUACAGUAAGAGAAGCUUUGGCUUCUUUAGUUCCAGCUCUUGUCAAAAAUGUGGGUUUUUUAAAAAGCUGUCUUCCUAAAAAUGGCCACUAGCCCCACUCGCUAGAAUCUCUUGCUUUUUAAAUCACUUACAAUAUGUAUGUGCUGAAAACGGAAUAGCUUCCACUGGCCUACUGAAAUGUGAUCCAUUUUAGAAUAACCAAAUGUAGCUUAGUUGGCCUGCCCCCAAACACAUUUGUUGCCUAAAUGACUGUUUUAAUUCCAAAACAAUAACAGUUGGAAUGGCACAGGCUGAAUUGCAUGCAUUUAGAAGGCAAGUUAGUUAAAUUGGUACAGUUUCUGUGUCUAGAUAAGCCUGCAGUCAUCUGAGGUUUUUGCAAAUUCCCUGCUGCGUCCUAAUCUUCUUUUGGCAGUGUGGCCACUGUCUUCAGGAGAUACUUAAGAGCAAAGCUGGAGAGGCCUGUCUAAACUGGUGAACUGGCCAGUGUUAAUCUUAAGAACUAAUGGCCUGGUGUAGGUAUGCCAGCACACACUCCACAGAUACAGUAUUUCCAACUUUGAGGAGAAAAUUCUGUAUGUUGCCUGUCAGAGAUUACUGAUGCUGCACAAAUCUGUGUAUAAAUAUUAUUGUUGCUAGAAAGAAGUUACCUGGCUCCAGGUAAAGGUAAAGGGACCCCUGACCAUUAGGUCCAGUCGUGACCGAAUCUGGGGUUGUGGUGCUCAUCUCGCUUUAUUGGCCGAGGGAGCCGGCGUACAGCUUCCGGGUCAUGUGGCCAGCAUGACUGAGCCGCUUCUGGCGAACCAGAGCAGCGCACGGAAACGCCUUUUACCUUCCUGCCGGAGCGGUACCUAUUUAUCUACUUGCACUUUGACGUGCUUUCGAACUGCUAGGUUGGCAGGAGCAGGGAUCGAGCAACGGGAGCUCACCCCGUAGCAGGGAUUUGAACCGCCAACCUUCUGAUCGGCAGGUCCUAGGCUCUGUGGUUUAACCCACAGCGCCACCCGCGUCCAGGUACCUUAGAGUUAUCUUUUAGUAACCUGGAUGAAAAGGGGUGAUUUGAUUCCUAGGGUGCUUCAAGAGAAGGCAUCUCCUCCAUUACCCUAAGGCCAAAUCAGGAUGUACAACAUGAAGUGUAUCAAAGUAGAAGUACUUCUAGCACAGGUGUGUCACAUAAUGAUGCCUGACUAUGUACUACUAGUUGAUUUAUUAUUAUUAGGGCAGUUCACAAGAUUUUUUUAAAAAAUAUCCUUAUAUUCCACUUAUAUUAGCUGUUUCUGUAACAGAGUUUGCCACAGCUUCCAUUUGACUGUGGGUAUUAUGCGCACUGAAUCAACAUACCCAUCACCUGCAGAAAAUAAAAAUACUAACGUUGCUGUGGGAAACCACUGUUCAAAAGUGACCUUUCAGUCACCGAGCAUAUUGAUGUUGGUUAUGCUCUAGUGCUAGAGUACAAUUGAGAGCUAUUGCCCAAAUACCCAGUUUGAAGAAGCUUGUCUGCCCAGCCUGAUACACAGCUUAGCUGCAUUUUCAUUUGUCAGUGCAGUUCUUGUUAUACCUAUUUGGAAGAAAUUCCUCUUGACCUGCAGAUGUAAUAGACAUAGUAGCACUUCAGUGAAACUUCCUUGUAUAUUUUGUGUGUAUGUGUUGAGAAAAUUGUCUCUUAUCCUGCAUUCUAAGUGGAAAUAUAUUGAGCUAUUGGAAUAAAAUUAUCAAAAUGCUUAUGUUGCCAACAUGAAUUCUUCAUGUACAGCAGUUUUUUUUCCCUGAGGGGGAUUACUUGAAGAAAUGUUUCAUAACCCUAUAGUAAAGCUCAUGUUCUAGGAUCCAUGUCCUGUGUUCUGUAUUUUGACAGGCAGAGGGGAAGAGGCAUUGUUGAGUCAGACCACUGGAUCGGCAUUAAAUUUUGACUUUAUGCAGAUCUGAUGGUCUGACUCACCACUGCCUGUCAAAUUGCAGCAGCAGGACAUGAAUCCAAUAUGAUUAGCUCAACUGUAAGAUUCCUUCAUGCCCCCAACAUAUAAAAAUAAAAGCUUAGAGGUUUAUAGUAACCCAUUCCUUUAAGCAGAACAUUUAAAAUGCACAUUUCAGCUACUUAAUGCCUGGGGAGGGAAAGUGUCAAAUUGGUUGUGUCUCCCAUCUUCUGUACUGAUUUAAAAUAGCCUUUAGAUCACAACAAAAAUCACACUGCACCUAUGUGAUGGGAAGCAGUAAAAAUAAUAACCUGCAGUGAUUGUAAACUGGGAGAGGACAAAUUUUUGUGGGCUUUUAUUUUUAAAUACAGUGGUACCUCGGGCUAAGAACUUAAUUCAUUCUUGAGGUCUGUUCUUAACCUGAAACUGUUCUUAACAUGAAGCACCACUUUAGCUAAUGGGGCCUCCUGCUGCUGCCGCUGCUCCGCUGCUGCACGAUUUCUGUUCUCAUCCUGAAGCAAAGUUCUUAACCCAAGGUACUAUUUCUGGGUUAGUGGAGUCUGUAACCUGAAGCGUCUGUAACCUGAACAUCUGAACAUACCUUUCUCCUACUGAACCUGGUUCUUCAUUUCUGUUCCUGCUAGUCAACUUCAAUAGCUGUAUGUAAUCCAUUCAUUCCUGAAGUUCCUGAGGCCCUGCUCCAAGCAUCCCUUCUAAAUGGAAGUGUGGAGGGUAACUGCUACAGGAGAGGACAUUAUUGGUAGUGAUGCCCUGGUUUUAUAUCUGCCUCCCCAGAGGGAUUCACCUGGUGCUACCUUGAUGGUCUUCUCAAUGCUAGGUCAAGGCCUUUAUAUCCACAGAGUCUUUUCCUCUGGAAAGGAUGCUUGUAAUUGAUGUGCACGUAAGCAGCAUGUUCUGAGCUCUUGCUUCAUGCCUUUGUGGAAUAUAUAACCAAUAUACUAAGUAAAAUACCUCUAUUAAAUCUAGAUGUUAUUAAUGAUAUUAAAAAUGUGUAAUAGGCUGAGGCUUGCGAUUAAUGCUGCAGUCCAAUGUGGUGAUGGGCAUAAUAUAAAAGAGGGGGGAAAUGUGUGUCUUAAACAGAAAAAGGCUUUUUCUUGUGUUGCUUUGACUUUCAGUUCAGCUAAUUUCAGCAACACUGAUGGGUUUUGCAAGCGGAAAACAAACCACUCCAUGUACUCAGUGAUGUGUUUAUAUAAUCAAGGAUUUGGUGGCUGACGUCCUGAAAUGAUAUCCCCUGUUGAUCAAGACACACAAUUAAUUCCACAUUGUUCCAUACACACUUCUUUGUCACUGUGGGCACCUUCUGCACACCAUAAUUAAGCACUUCCAGCUGACUGCAGAGAAGGCUGGCAAUGCUUGUUUGUAACAUCUGAGGCUCUGCUAUGUCUGUGGCGAAUUCUGAAUUAUCUUCCUGCCUUUUUACGUGACAUAUCAGGGUAACUAUUGCUUAUGCAGUAGACAUAUAUCAUAGGGCACAAGUGACAGUUAGAGGAGGAGCUGAAGGCAGCUUUAUAGUGUUUCCAGCUUUGGGUGGUAUAAAACUAUUGGGAACUAAUAAUUUUACACCUGUCUUGGGCCUCUGAUUAUCCCUAAAAGGGUAGGUAAAGUAACCUUGUUGUUAAAACUUGACGGCAUUACCUUGCCUUUCUGUUAAUGGUGCUCGUACAGAGUGGGGCAGCAGUUGCUCUCAGUAGGAAGUCUGGGAAUAUUCCAAAGAAACCUUAUUCAGAACCCAGCUUUUUCUCUAAACACUGUAGUACCUGAAGUUGCAGCACUCACUAGGCACCACUGCUUAUGAUGUCCUCCCUUAGAGACUUCUCUGUAAGGCUCCCAUGAUGCAUUGGCAGGUCCAAUCCAGCUUUUGUGAGUAAUUGGUGCAAAUUGAUAAAGGAUUAGAAUAAUAUUCACUGAUCUCCCACUCCCUACAAGAACUCUAGUAGGUGCAUUCUGGGCCAGUUGACUUUUUCCAGGUUGGCCUUAAGUAGCCCUACACAGAUUGCAUCUUGGUAAUCUGCACCAAAGGGCACAGAUGUCUGGGCCUAGGUCCAACCUCUCCAAAUCAGAGCACAGUUGGCAAAUCGGCUGAAGUUGUAAAAUGUAUGUUUGACACUCUGAUUUCUGUCAGUUCCUGCUUUGCCCACAGUGUUUCUGAAUGUUGAGUAUGGGGAGAGAAAGCUGCAUGGUUUUAUCUGCCUGUCAGUGAAAGAGGCAUGCCUCUGCAAAACCUGUUUGUUGAAGUGCUCUGCCCUUGUGGCCCAUGCAAAAAAGAGAGUAGCACAAGAAUAACUUCACUGAUGUGCUGUUGGUUAAAGUGCGUCUUCCUCAAAGUUGCCUCCAUCUGAGGAAGAGAGGGGAACUAGCCCCAUUGUAUAUCGGGUGUGUGUGUGUGUGUGUGUGUAGAGAGAGUCUCUUCCUUUAAAUUCCUGGGAGUUUAUCUUAGUGAAGACCUCACUUGGAAAAACAAUAUAACUGAGGUGGUUAGGAAGGCCCAACAGAGACUCCAUUUUCUCAGGGUCCUGCGAAAGAAUAAUGUUAAACAACAAUUGAUGACCUCCUUCUACUGGUCCACAAUAGAAAGUGUCCUCUCAUAUUGUAUCACAGUGUGGUACGUUGGCUUGACAGCCAUGGACAGAAAGUCUUUACAGAGGGUGGUGAACACAGCACAUGAUAUCAUGGGCUGUUCCCUGAGCCCACUAGAUGACAUCGCAAGGGAUUGUUGCCUUAGGAGAGCGAGAAAAAUUCUCAGGGACGAUUCACACCCCGGCCAGCACCUCUUUAACCUUCUACCCUCGCGCAGGAGAUAAAGAAGUAUAAUCAGUCAUACCAACAGGCUAAAAAACAGUUUCUAUCCAUGGGCUCUUAGGCUGCUGAACGGAAAAUAAUAUAGUGCAACUGACUUUCGGGGUUGGUGUGUUGUGUGACAAGCACACAGGGUGCAAUGAGAUUGAGUGUUUGUGUGGGGAGGAGGGAGGCUCGGUUAAUUUCAUUGUACACAGGUUGUACGUUGACAAUAAAGCUAUUAUUAUUAUAAUCUGUAGAAAACUCAAAUCAAAUAGCCCCCUAUAAUUUGUAUGUACGUAUACUUGGGCUCUCUGUGCAUACUUCUCUUCUCCUUUUCUAUACUUUGUUUGAUUCUUGCAGUGGCUCUACUUGGAAAUGGCCGUGGCUGGAGAUAGAAAUCAGAUGAACCCCUUGCAAACUCUUCAAGGCAUAGUGCUGUAAAGUUCCAAGUGGAGCCAACAUCAGUACUGAUGUCAUUAAAACAAAACACUUGGUCCAAUCCAAGGCCCUGUAUUUCUGUAUGUUGUGUGGGACAAUAAUGCAAUGAAUAUGACUUAUUCCUCUCAGGUAGCCAUGUCAAGUUUGUACAAUUCCUUACUGCAAGCUUUGGUAAAUUGCCUCCUUGAGCAUUAGCAGCUUCCUUGCUGGAGAAGGAGCCCCCCAAAGUGCUGAUUGGUUAUGCUAAAGCAGGCAUGGCCAACCUGGUCCUCCAGAUGUUUUGGGACUACAAUUCCCAUCAUCCCUGACCACUGGUUCUGUUAGGGAUGAUGGGAGUUGUAGUCCUAAAACAUCUGGAGGGCCAAGUUUGGCCAUGCCUGCGCUAAAGCAAACAAGGCCGGCCAGAACAUAAGUAUUGUUCAAUGUCACUAUGUUAAAAAUUAAAUUAAAAAGUUGGUGGUAGGGUGAUGGUGGCAAGCAACAUUCUUAGUUGUCCAGCAAAUUGUUGGAAAACACAAAAGGCAGAAACACUAUCCCUUGAUGAAAGAUGUGGCUGCCGGGAGUCGGGAGGAUGGUGUAAGAUUAGUACAAAAUAGUUCUUCAGUUUUCCUCUUCCAUCUUGAUUUAAAGGUAUACAUGGCAAAAGGUGAAAGGAGGAGGAAGGGCCUUUUUCUUACUCCUAAGGAGGUACUUCAAUGCACAUCUCUUUAUAGAUUUCUUUUUGGGGAGGGGGCAGUGUAAAGUCUAUCACUUUAAAUCUGCUCCUGAGGAAUUGGGAUACUUUGAUUGGGUGUAGUCUGUCCAAAUAAGCCUCCUCUUGAUUUAAAUGGAAUGUAGGUGGUGUUUCUAUUCCCACUUUCCUGAAAGUAAGUACCGCUGUACUCUGACUGUAUAGUGUUGUGCUGUCAAAUGCUUUUAUUUUGCUAGAUUGCUUCUGAAAUUGUAUGUUGCUGCUAUCUUCAUUGCAGUUGUUUGUUUGUUUUGUGUGUGUAUUUUUUUUUUUAAAUAUGAAAUUUCUAAGUUGCCUCAAGUUUUGGAGGAGUGAGGUAUAAAUGGAAUCCUGCAGUUAGGGGAUCCAGUGAUGUGUUAACAAAGUUCUGCAAUGGGGUAUUCUGCCCUAUCUUUGUACUGCAUUUAGUUGUGUCUCCUUGAAAAGCAGCUCCUGAGAUUAUGGGACAAGGGAGAACUGGCAGAAAUGGAGGGGUGGCUUUUGGUCAAGCAAGAAACUCUCUGGAUCCCAGACGUAAUGUAUUCAAGUUGAAAAACAACACGAUGAACUCUUCCUCUCUUUUUACAGUAAAAAAGGUGUUAUAAGUCAUUGGCUACUAUUGAAAAUGGUCGUUAUCUAGCUAUGUGAAGGCUUGAUUCCCCUGCCCUUUUGCAGUUGAUUGUAUUUGCACUACUGAGUUGCCAAAUCCUUAUGGAGGGAAAUGUAUGUGGUUGUAGACUGUCAAGUAUUUUGUUCUAUAUCAGCUACUUUGCUUAUUUCUGAUCUUGCAUCUACAUCCUUAUUAAAUAGGCCACCUUAGAAAUAGUAAUUAAAUCAAACUUUGUGUGUACGUACAACCGAAAGAUUUUUUACUUGACUGGCAACUGUGUGAUAUGUUUAAGUAAAUGUGUUUUGUCAAGUAGUAUUAGCAUAAACAUGGAUGUUGCUCCAGAAAGGUAUCUUCCUUUCCUCUCCUCUACUCCCAAAUUAUAUUCUCUUUGAGGCAGCCAAAGCAACAACAGUCAAUGAUUGGUUUCAGUGUUUUUCUCCUUGCCUUGCUCCAUUAAAAAGCAAUUUUAAUAAAGUAAGUUUGUGGCUAAAAUGGAUAGUUCAGUAAAUGAGGCAUUUUGGAUAUAUGGAAAACAUAGAUUAUGCAGUUUAUCACUAUUGAGCAAUCGGGACUCACAGACAGCUGGUUUUGAAGACAACUCUCUCUGAGGUAAUGGCUGCCAUGAUGACCAUGGGGCUGUCCCAACAAGUCACUGGCCCAACGCAUGUGGCAGGCCACAUACAGGACUUUGUAUCCUUAACUGGGUAGGAAGAGAAUAAUAUGAAAGUGGAGGAUAUUGACACUCGUCCCUUGUCAUGGUUGGAUCACGUCCUGUUGAGAUUUUGGCUUUCAGCACCUUUCCCCCUCUACAAAGGCAGGAGACCUAUUAGGAUAGUCCACUCUCAGGGUGAUAGAGCCAAUGGGUUUCCAGACAGCUUUGGGGGAUUUUCCAGCUGAUCUGACUGGUGCUCAUGUUGAACCUCUGGCUGAUGUCUGGAACAUGGGAAUGGCUGUUGACACAAUGUUCCUGAGCUCCCUCUUCCAUUUUGUGGAGCCUCCUUGGCUCCCUGGUAUAUUCCAGAGCUUAGGGCGAGGAAACAAGCUGGGAGGUGGUUCAAACGUGACUUGAAGAAAACUCUGUUCAAAUGCAAUCAAACAUUACUGAGGGCUCAUCACUGAGCCUUCUAGUGGCAGUGGAGGCAGAAAAGAAGGCAUUCUUUGCUUCCUUCAUUGCAGCCUCAUUGUGUCAUGUGGCACAGCUUUUCUGGGUAGUGUGGGGCUUCUUACAGUCUGGCCUGAAGGAGGUGGCAGAACUGAUAGUAGCUCACUGUGACUUGUUUGCAAUGUUUUUUGAGAAUAAAAUUGCUUGCACCCACCAGGAUCUUGAUUCCAUUAUUACAGCAAAUGAAUCUCAAGGGGUGUUUAGAGCACUGUCUAGUCCUGUUGCGUUGGGUGAGUUUUAGUUGGUAAGGCUUGAAGAUGUGAACAAGGUGCUUGGAUCUGUCUGGAUGACGACUUGCGUUCUGGACCCUUGCCCCUCUUGGCUCAUAAAAACUACCAGAGAAGGGUCAGGGAGGUGAUUAAUGCCUCCCUGCAAGAAAGGGUGGUUCUUGGCUGCUUGAAGGAGGCCGUAGUAAAACCACUCCUCAAGAAAUCCUCCUUGGAUCCAGAAAAUCUAAGGAAUUACUGGUCAAUGGCAAAUUUCCUCUUUUGGAGCAAGGUUCUUGAGUGGGUGGACCAGAUCCAGACGCUCUUGGAGGAACCUGAUUUUGUAGGUCUGUUUCAGUUGGGGUUUAGGCCGAGUUUUGGCACAGAAGCUGCUUUUGUAGCCCUUGUAUGAUGAUGUCUGUUGGGAGAGACACGGGAAAUGUGCCCCUGUUCAUUCCCCUUGACCUAUCAGCGGCUUUCAAUACCAUCAACCAUGGUAUCCUUCUGGAGCACCAAAUCCUUUAUGGUGAUUCUGGUCCUGCUUGUAUGGUUGUUUCUGCAGAGUGAUGCUUGGAGAGUGCUCUUCUGCCCCCAUGGAGCCUUCAAUGUGGGGCUCCUCAGGAUUUGAUUUUAUCCUCUAUGCUGUUUAGCGUGUACAUAAAGCUGCUGAGUGGGAUUAUCUGUAAUUUUGGAGUACAUUUUCAGCAAUUUACUGAUGACACACAGCUCUACUUCUCCUUUAUAUCUGCUGGUGUGGCAGUGAAUGUGCUGGACUGCUGUCUUGCCUUGGUAAUGGACUGAAUGAGAGCCAACCAACUGAAAUUCAAUAUAGAUAAGACUGAGGUGCUGUUAGUGGGUGAUCCCCUGCUUGAGGUUCAGGUGGCCUCAGUGGUGCAGAGUGCCAUCCAUCAGCUUUGGCUGGUGGCCCAGCUGCGUCCCUCUCUGGACAGGGACAGCCUAACUUCUGUUGUCAAACAUCUCAGGACCACAAUACCUCAAGAACUGCCUCACCCCAUAUGAACCAACCUGGGACCUGUGAUCAUCAUUUGAGACCCUUUUUCAUUUGUCUCUUUGUGAGGGGUCUGGAGGGUGACAACAUAAGAAUAGGCUUUUUCUGUGGUGGCUCCCUGUUUGUGGAGUGCUCUCCCCAGGGAGGCUCACCUUAGGUGCUAGGUGAAAAUGUUUCUCUAUAACUAGCCCUUUGACUAAUUAACUUUCUAUGCCCUUUUAAAUGGGAGGUUGGAUAUUGGUUUGUUUUUGUUUUACUAUGUAUUUUGUGUUCUCUUUUUGUAUUUUUAUGUUAUGAACCACCCUGUGCUCUCUGGAUGAAGGGUGGUUUACAAAUUUAAUAAAGAAUAAUAUAAAUGAAAAUAGUGUGUUUUGUAAGGAACCUAUGGUGUGUAAGAAAAAUAGCUAUAGUGACAUGGGUGGGUGGGAAGGACAAAACACUUCAUACAAGUAAGCAAUGCCUUAAAAUAUGGUAAAAAGGAUAAAUGGUACUUGGAAAGAAUAGAGAAUAUACAUAAUAUCAUAAACUUGUACAGAACCGGGUUUUCUUUAUCCAGUAUUGGAGAGCAGAGCACUUUGUAGGAGUGAUGCAACCAUACUAUUCGGUAGAAUUUUGAAACAUUUUAACUAAAUACCCUCCACUAGUGAGCUAAUUCUAGCUCUAAAUGCAUCAUGGUUUUUCUUUGAUCUUGUUUGAUCGGAUGCUACCCUUGACCUCGUACGAAGGGCAGCAAAACUAAAUAUUUAUACUGGGGAAGCCAUUUAGUCAGCAUUCUCUUCUUGUUAGGUUGAUCUCCUGAAGUGGAUUGACUUAGCUUUUUUUUAACCCUCUUGCUAGACUUGGCCUGAACUCUGGCAGUUUUGUUGUUGCCUCUUAGUUCUGGGUGGGGAGUCACUAAACAGUUUUGCAGUGUUUUAUGACUAGCACAAACUGCAGCUUUUUGUGGCGUUUGCCAUGUUAUAACUGGUUUGUUAUAUUUAUAUUUUUCAUUUCUGCUAUUUCAUUUUCAUUUAGAGGAAAACACUAAAGUGGCAUUUAGCAUAUUAAAACAAUACAACACUUUAUUUAUAUUACGGUAAAUACUUAUAGACCACAGAGUGGCUGGGGAAACACAACCAGAUGGCCAGGGAAUAAUAAUAAUAAUAAUAAUAAUAGCAUUACUAGGUAACAUAGCAAUAAAAUAUUGCAAAUAAAAGCAUCCCCACCCCCAAAGAGGAAUAAGAUACUGUUAAUCUGUCUGGGAAGCCCUGUUACAAAUAGGAGUUUUGGGCAACCUCUCUUGGGCAACCGACCCUGCUCUUAUCUCCUGAAUAAACCUCUGAGCAUUUAGGAAUUUUCUGGAUUCCAAAAGUCUCCAGCAGUAAGCCAACCAAAUAGUCAUCCCACCCCACCUGGCAUCCCUGCAGAGUUUUCUUCCCAAACCUCCCUAGAAAGUGGUCUGAUCAUGACAAUUGGUUUAUACAACCCUGCUGUAUUCAGACCACACCCCUCAUCCUCUGAGACCAAAUCCAUGUUACGUCCUGCUCUGUGUGUUGGGCCAGUGACCAGCUGAGACAGCCCAGUGGAGUGGGGGCUGGGUGGGCAAAGCUAAGUCAGUUCAGCUCUGCCCACUUUAUCCACGCAGAUCUCAGUAGUGCACGCCAGGCCAGUUCCCUCAUCCCCAAGUCAUGAAUGAGUGAGAUCUUAAUAUGGACCAAGCGGGAAUUCAGAACCACCAGUGUAGGGGAGCACAGUGGAAUCUGCUCUUGGGAAAGGGGGUGGAGAAGGGAACAAGGCACAAACCAUUGAAAUUUCACCUUCCACAAUGACCCACCCCUACACUGUUGCCAUAUUUCCCUCUGCUUGAUACUCACCACUAGAAUGAUGAAUAAACAGCAAGAACAUCAGGAAUUGGUACUGUCAGGAAACACUGGAGUUUUCAUAUGCCAACAGACACACUUCACUCUAAGCAAGUGACAUUGAUGGGAACUGUGUGUGUGUGUUGUGGUGUUUGUGGCAAUCUGGAAAGGUGGGCUUGUAUAUCACACUGAUUUUUCACUUGUGUUCUGGGCCACUAAGUGACCCAGAACAGUACCAGCGGCCAGCGCUGUGAACAGCUUCCCAGGGGCCUAUGGUCUUAAAAAUAGCUUUCCCCCUCCAAGGCUUGGUUGAACAUAGCAUUUGAAGUUAAUUGUGCAAAAAAGAGAACCCUCCAAGGGCAAGCACAUUUUUUAAAAAAAGGAGAGAGGGAAGUAUAGCUCCACUGUAAACCUGGUAGCUUUAUUUAUUUUUUUUGUCCUGCAGCCUUGCUGAUUUAGGCUUGAACACUGAAUUUUGGCUGAACUGAGCUGUCAUGAAUUUCUCCACACUUAUUAGCUUGUUGUUAAAAAGGGAUUGGCCAUCUGUAACAAAAACAAGAGGAAGCUCUGUGGUGCAGUAAUCUGCAGGGAGCACAUCACAAAGAUAAUCCUCUGCUGCUGAGAACAAAUAAGGCAAAAUAAACCACAAAGGCGUGAGGGAAUGACUUGUCGAUCAGACUUCAGAGAAUGUUAUUUCUAAAAUUAACAAAGUAGGCUUGAAUAAAGAAGAAAGUUGGGGUUAUCACUUGUGUACUACAUGAAUUGGAAUUGGAGGAAGUGCUGUGUUUAAUAGCUGCAAGAGCCAGACUUGUUUGGAAGGACCUGUUUUUUUCCCUGUUUUGUGUUUCUUUGUGUGUGCAUGCAGUGACUGGUUUGUGCUAUGAAGCCUAGGACCCUCGUACCUACGGGACCGCCUCUCCUGGUAUGCCCCACGGAGAGCCUCAAGGUCCAUAAAUAACAACACCCUAGUGGUCCCAGGCCCUAAGGAAGUUAGAUUGGCUUCAACCAGAGCCAGGGCCUUUUCAACUCUGGCUCCGGCCUGGUGGAACGCUCUGCCUCAUGAGACCAGGGCCCGGCAGGAUCUGACUUCUUUCCGCAGGGCCUGUAAGACAGAGUUGUUCCGCCUGGCCUUUGGCUUGGAGCCAAUUUGAUUCCCUCCCUCCCUCUCUUUCUUUUUUCUUUUCCUUCUCCUCCUGCGAUGAGGCUACAUUUUAAUAUUUUAAUGUUCCAUUAUUUUAAUGUUGUAUUUUAUUUUUGUUUUUAAGUUGUAAUCAUUCAUCUUGUUUUUAUUAUUGCUUGCAAGCCGCUCUGAGCCCGGCCUUGGCUGGGGAGGGUGGGGUAUAAAUAAAAUAUUAUUAUUAUUAUUAUUAUUACCAAAAGGACUUUAAAGUGGGUGGGAAGAAACCUUCUCGCAAAACCUUUCCCAUGAAGGUGAUUCUCAGGGACGGGAUGCAACAGUUUGGCCCCUCAUCCCUCCUUUACCAUUCCCUCUUCUGUCAAUAUUUAGACUUGUGAGUGAUAUUUCUUAGGUAGCCAUAAGAGAGGACCCCAAGGUUUGUGGAUGUGCCAAAUAUAUUUCCCAUAUUUUUCCAAAUAUAUCCCCCCCCAUAUAUUAUGGAAAACCCUAAGGUGGGCAGGCUUUAUGUUUCAGGAUCCAUUGAUUUUAUAUUUAUUUUAUAUUUUUAUUUUACUUAAGAUCCUCUAAUUUGAGCCCCUGCAAAAGACAUACCCGUAGAGCUAAAAAUUUUGGGCUUUAGAAUUUGUUUUGAAUACCAGGAUGGAAGGGAGCUCACAGUCUUUACACACAAAAAUCUUCUCUCUCUCCUUUCUCCUUCUACCUCCCAGUUGUUUACCAAUGUUCCUCAGAUCACCUAGAGAUCUACUUCUGCCCACUCCUGAUCGAUUCUUGCUGAUUUGGAUGACUUAGAAAUUAAUAGUGAACAUGAUGCCAUCAAGUGAUGAAUCUCACUAUGAACACACAAAGCCAGAGAUGCUCUGGCUUUAUUUGCAUCUUCAGCUACUUUAAAAGUUGGAACUGCAUUUUGAGGAAUUUGCUGUGGCUUACAAGAACUUGGGUGUUUUGGUGUCCCCCUCCCGCCCCAAUUUUGUGAAAGUGAAUACAAUGAUGCCUUUUAAUUGUAUAUCUAACUUGGCUGAUUCUGGCAACAUUGUAGAAAGAGGGUUGCUGGAUGUUCCUAUCUAUCUAAAUGACUUUUCAAAGGAAGUCUUCUGUUAAUCAGGGUUAGCCCUGUUUUCAGGGUUUGAAGGGCGGUAGGGAAGGGGGAGGAUAGUUAGUGGCAUAGCAUUUUUGUUUCCCUUUCAUGGUAAUGUGGGGAAAUGGGGGGCAGAACAAUUAAAUAUACAGAGGGUAAAUGGCAUAAAUACCUAACUUAAUGUUUCCCAUCUGGUUCUUAUGCAAAUUCUAAGAAUUAUGUAUUUAUUGCAUCUGUCAACCAAUUAAAGAAAGCUUAGCUGAUUAUCUGAUUAAAUUGCACAGGAGAGAACUGACAAUAGUUUAUAGAGAGGCUGACGUUGAGAUGCAUUGAGUGAUGGCUUUGUGCUGGCAGGAAAAUCCUUCCAUUUGCACAAGGAGGAACACCCAGUUCCCGUCACCCCCUGCUACCCUGGGUGCCCUACCAUGUACUGAUCCUGAGAGUCCAGGAUCAACCUUUGUGGGGGGCAUGCAGUGGGUAGGAUGUAAUGUCCAAAAUUGUGUGCCACACCUUGGGCAAGGAGUGGCACAACUCUUUGUUCUUUAGAUCAGUGGUUCCCAAUUGCUGCGAACCCAAUGUUUUUCAAAAGCGAAGCCAUAGGCCCCAUACUUUGGAUAAUGUUGAUGUAUCUAUGGUAGCUCCCUAAUUGGGAACCACUGCUUUAGACGAUGGCCAAGUGCUAUAGCAGUCCUAAUUUUGCAUGAGGUGUCCUCCGCCCUAUUGUGCACAAGGAAGGUACGCAUCUCUUUAGAAGAUGCUUGUCACAUCUACAGUGGUACCUCGCAAGACGAAUGCCUCGCAAGACAAAAAACUCGCUAGACGAAAGGGUUUUUUGUUUUUUGAGCUGCUUCGCAAGACGAUUUUCCCUAUGGGCUUGCUUCGCAAGACGGAAACGUCUUGCAAGUUUGUUUCCUUUUUCUUAACACCGUUAAUACAGUUGCGACUUGACUUCGAGGAGCAACUCAUAGAACGCGGUGUGGUAGCCUUUUUUGAGGUUUUUAAAGACUUUGGUGAUUUUUGAAGCUUUUCCAAAACUUUCCCGACACCCUGCUUCGCAAAACGAAAAAAACCGCAAGACGAAAAAACUCGCGGAACGAAUUAAUUUCGUCUUGUGAGGCACCACUGUAUAGCUUUUAUAAGUGCAGUGGUACCUUGGUUCUCAAACUUAAUCUGUUCUGGAAACCCAUUCUGCACUUUUCCAUAGAAAGUAGUAGUAGUAGUAGUAGUAGUAGUAGUAGUAGUAGUAGUAAUAAUUUAUUAUUUAUACCCUGCCCAUCUGGCUGGGUUUCCCCAGCCACUCUGGGCGGCUUCCAAUAAAACACUAAAAUACAAUAACCUAUUAAACAUUAAAAGCUUCCCUAAAUAAUAAUGCAAAACAGAUUAAUCCGUUCCAGACUUUUAAAAACAACCCCUAAAACAGCAAUUUAACAUGAAUUUUACUAUCUAACAAGACCAUUGAUCCAUAAAAUGAAAGCAAUAAUCAAUGUACUGUACUAUAAAAUAAAUAAGACAGUGUUGUAGAUGAUAAAAAUAAAAAUUAUUUUUUUUCUUACCUGCAGUUAUGAUAGUCAUUGUUUGGAUGGGGGCUUUUAUCCAUUUUCGCAGUCACACAAUCAAUCAGUAGCUGAACUGGGUUCCACACAGUCACAAAAACAAAUUAACCGAAAAAGCCUCAAAAACAAAAAAACGCAAAAUAAAUAGCAAAAACAAAAGCGCCAAACUUAAUCUGUUCCAGAAGUUCAUUUGACUUCCAAAAUGUUCGAAAACCAAGGUGCAGCUUCUGAUUGGUGCAGGCGCCCUGGAAACAAUAGCCGACAACCACAUCAGAUGUUCAGCUUCCGAAAAACAUUUGAAAACCAGAACACUUACUUCUGGGUUUUCGGCGUUUGAGAACCAAGGCAUUUGAGUACCAAGGCAUUUGAGAACCAAGGUACCACUGUACCUUUAAUUUUAAAAUCUGCUGCCUGAUUAGUUGGAGAUACCUAUUAUUGACAAAGAUGUUUUUCAUGGUUUAAUUAAGUAGGACUGCACUGCUAGGAUUUACGAAAAUAUUUUUACUGCUUUUAAUGGAAUUAUUCCAUUAAAAUAGUGCAGUAGUGGCUUCACACUAUAUUGGGGCAGUGACUUGAUUCUCCUCCCCUUUUGUCAGUUCUCCAUGAGUAGACACAAUUCCUUUCUGUCACGGGUAUUUUAUUGACUUUGUGUGCGUGCCUCAUUGGUCACCCAUUGCAUUUUAGGCAUGCCAAGGGGACACUCUUGGUCCUUGGCAAGCCAGUCUCUAUGGUGGGAAGUCUUCCUUCCACACCUGCAUACUUGUCAUCCUACAUGGCAUGGUUCUCCUCUGUUACACUUGCAUGCUAACACUUCUUUGUUUUGUGCAUGAGCAUGAAGAGAGAUGAUGUGCAUCAUUCCAUGGCUCUUCGCAUAACAGCUGAUUCUUCUUGAUUGGCUCAUGUUGUCAGCUGACAUUCUGCCCCCUAGAUCAUAGCUGGAAUGAGUGUUUAGAUGUAAAAAUACUUUAAGUCAUCUUUGGCAAUUCUCUCAUCAAGUAACAAUGAUGUUAUUCUUUCAAAGUUGGCCCAUGCUGCUGCCUUGCCUCUGCUGCACCUGCCUCUUCAGAAAUCUUGUGUUUAGUCACUUUGGUCAAGAACUAACAUAUUUGUGUGCAUAAAAAAGGAUUCCCUUACUUAUAUUCCCAAAAAAGGGCUUUCCAUGCUUGUUGUUCAGCAGAAUAUAUUUGGGGUUUUAAUUUAUGAGUCUUUCAAUGAGUCCUGUAUAUAGUACUGUAGGCACAAAAGUAAGCUGCUUUUAAAAAUACUACACUCUGAACUAGGUUCUUUCUAUGUAUUUUCAGGUAAAAGCAAAGAAGCUGAGAUAAAAAGAAUAAACAAAGAAUUGGCAAACAUUCGGUCAAAGUUUAAAGGUAAGUUAACUGGUACAUUGUUGCAGUGCUAUCUGUUCAAAACAAGAAUUUAUUUUCAUGAAUAAAGUGAUACAAGAGCACAAACAAAUUAAGACGAAGGGUCCAGACUCAUAGGCAUAUAACAUUAUUAAGUUGGACAGGAUCACAAGGGUAAUCUAGUCUUCUAUUCUGCUACCACCUCUGAUCAAACAGAUUUUUGACCAGAAAAUGUGGUUCAGAUAGUUUCUGGUGGUUGCCGAACUAUGAAUAUUGUUCAAGAUAAAGGCACAGAAUUGUCUUACUAGAUUCAAAACAGAACUGUGGCUUUAUUACUGAAGAACAUGCUGUUAUCCAUGUGCUGAGCUGUUGACUACAACCUUGUAAAUAAGUAAACAAGCAAGUUUAGGGCAACUAAAAUAUACAGGAAUUCUUUUUUUAUACCUCUAGCUUUAAAGUGUAAUAAGCUUUCCUAACAGUUUACAUGGAGAUGUCAGAUGAAUGCUCCAUAGGCUUGUGUUACUGGACGUCUGUGCAGGCCCUGCAGAUAUCUCUUACCUCAGUUACUAUGGGGCUUGAAUAGAAAGGUUCAGAGUAAUGAUUCUCAAUGGUCAGAAUCUCUCUGACAUGUGAGUUAAAUACAGUAAACUGUUUUGUAAUCCCAAAGUAGUUGAUUAUUACUUACUUCCUGCUGAGAGCUCAACUUGCCUCAUCAUAAAGCCAAAAAAAGGUUAAAUAUGUAUUUCUUUCUAUUUAACUGCUGGUUGUUACAGCAUAUUCUGUGUUCUGUGGUCCAUUGAUUUUUAUCCAUAGUGAUUUCUAGAAAUGUCUUCUCGCUUUUUGAACACUGUCCAAUGCAACCCACCAUUUUCUUUCAGUAAGUUUGGAGGUGUAUUUUGCAUUUUUUUUAAUUACAUACUUUUACCUGCUUCUGCAGCUAAACGCUGCCCAAAGUGGCUCACAAUGAAGCCUUAAAAAACCAGUAAUGCCAAUUAUUAAAAACAAACUCCAGUGUAAUAAAUAACACAGCAGUAAUACAACCCAGUCUUGCUGUGUGGUUUUUUUGUAGAAGAUAGGCCAUGUGGUGCAGUGUCUUCACUGUCCUGUGAUAAGAAAACAUUUCCUAAAAACACUGCUUGGAAAAGAUGAUAAUGGUUUGUCUCCUGGUGCAGAUGCUACUAUCUGCUGGAUUAGGUGUUGCCCUUCUUAUAAAAGAAUGCUGAUCUCUGCUCCAUUAGAAGUGAACAAGCCAUUUCCUGGCAGCCUGGGCUGAACAAUUUUUUUGCCACCAUGUUCCAAUAUAGAAAUUAACAAGGGUCUGAUCUGAACAUGCAGUUUUGGCCGCAGCCUUUAGAGCUGUCUUUUAUGGACAGAAAGACAUGCCUGCUGAGUUCAAAAACCCUCAUACACUCCAGUGCACCCGGGGAUAAUUAUGGACAGCUGUACUGAUCAGUACUACCGGAAACCUGUGUCCUUUGGGAUUCAUAUGCAGCAUCCAAAUUAAAUGUAUAUUGGAAAUCUGCUGCCACUUCUUGUGGCUAAUUGGCCUUCUUUCAUCAUGUCAUUUAGAUUGUUUACGUAGAGCUAGCUUGUUAGAAUAUGUCAUCCUAACUCCCUGUACACAUAAGCAGAUGAAGUCCUGCAUGUCGAGAGAUGAGUCCUGGGUAAGUAAACAUUCUAAGGGAGUCAGCACUGCUCAACAGUGCUGCUUCAUAAAAUAUUUCAAGAAUGAUGACCUCGAUCAAGUGCAGCUAAUGUGGUUCCCUCUGUAUGUUUUGGGCUUAAGCUCCCAUCAUCUCUGGCAUCUGAUCAUGCCAGCUCUGGCUGAUGGGAGUUGGAAUCCAACAACAUCUGGAGGGCAUUGCAUUGGAUGUCUCUGGACUAGAUUCUUGCCUUAUGAGAUCAGCUGAGAGCAGAGACCUUUUUGAUAACUUGUCAAAUUGGUUAGGACACCAAACUUCAAGGAGUAGAGAUCAGAAGCAAAGUUUACUUCUUAACCACAGCAAGUUAGGUCAUCUGAGCAGACUCACUUUGGCUUGUUUAAAACAAUCUGGCUUCAAACAAUGAGUUACAAUGCUGGCAUGUUUUUAAACAAACCAUGGUUUAGGUUCGGAUGACAUGAUAAACAGUGGUUAAUGGAAAUCAGAAGUGAAAACUUCCAAAAUCCUCUGGGCAGCCAUACUGCAGGGGGAUCCUGUGAGCCCCGGGCUCGCUCAUCACACUAAACCAUUAUUUGUAAAAGCCUCAAUUAAGCACCAUGUUCAGAUGUCAUGCUCAACCAUUAUAUAGUGUGAGGUCUACUUCAGACAUUUUAGAAUGCUUUCAAAACUCGUGUAAAUUCAUUAUUUCAUUUCCCAGUUUCUGCUAAGACAGUUAGACCUUAGUGCUGAUGUAAUACCUGACAUAAUACUCUAAAACAGAGAGUAGUGUUCAUUUAAUACAGGAUAUGGCAAACAGCAUGAAUGAACAUUUUAAUCAUUUCAGUACUUGUUUAUGAGACACUUUGGUCCCACUAGAGCAGUGGUGGCCAAACUUGGCUCUCCAGCUGUUUUUGGACUACAACUACCAUCAUCCCUAGCUAACAGGACCAGUGGUCAAGGAUGAUGGGAACUGUAGUCCCAAAACAGCUGGAGGGCCAAGUUUGGCCACCACUGCACUAGAGUGUCUGUAAUCAUCUGGAUGUUGGGUAUAUUUGUAUCAGUGAUUUGCCUUGUGUUGGUGCAGAUCACUUAAGACAACACAAGGUCUUUGAAAACUAUGCCCUGUACUGCUGCAAAUAGCUUUAUUAAACAGUUCCAUAAGACUGGGCUCGAGUUGCCUAAAGUGAAGGAUUAGAUAUAGCAACUUCAGCCAUGCAAACACAGAUGUUGCCUUUAUGUAUUUGGUUUUAAAAUGUUAAUGAUGCCCUUAAAGCAAUAGUGAGUAAACAACAAAUCUAAGACUUGGAAAAUACAGCAGCCACUUCCCAGACUUACUGACAUUGUAGUCUGACCAAGGGGCUGUUUCACAGGACUUUAUUGCUGCCACACCCAGUUUUCUUUUUCUUUUUUAAUGUAUUUUUAUUAAAGAUUUUCUUGGUUUACAAAAGUAUAUGCAAUCUCUCUCUCUCUCUCUCUCCCCCCCCCAGUAACAUUUUUUACAGAUCAGUUUCAUUUGUUGAGACAUUAGGAAGAAGGGGGGGGGGAAAGAUGGGUGGGGUCAGGUAGCGAUGUUUCUAUUAUACUUAAUAUAUGUGGGGUUUUGUGUCAGCGUCGCUUGUGCAGGUUCUCUGCUAUUCACUUGUGUUCCUUUGGUGGUGAGAGAGGUUGGGGUUAGCCUAGGGCCACACCCAGUUUUCUGACUGGUGCUUCGUUGUGAUACAGGUGCGCACAAACCCUUGCUUGUCACAUCAACACUGUUUACGGUUUUUUUUAAAGGUAUAUGCCUCCAUUGUUCUGCCUGGACACUGAGGUCCAGCGCCGAGGGCCUUCUGGCAGUUCCCUCACUACGAGAAGCCAAGUUACAGGGAACCAGGCAGAGGGCCUUCUCAGUAGUGGCACCCGCCCUGUGGAAUGCCCUCCCAUCAGAUGUCAAAGAGAAAAAUAACUACCAAGCUUUUAGAAGACAUCUGAAGGCAGCCCUGUUUAGAGAAGCUUUUAAUGUUUAAUAGGUUAUUGUAUUUUAGUGUUUUGUUGGAAGCCGCCCAGAGUGGCUGAGGAAACCCAGCCAGAUGGGCGGGGUAUAAAUAAUAAAUUAUUAUUAUUAUAUCUGAAGUGGUCUCCAAUAGCUGACCAUGGCAGUGCAUAUCCCCUUCCUUGCUUACAACACCAUUACUGCAUCCCAUUCAGGAAAAAGCUAGGCUGCAGUGCAUACCAUACACCUGAAACACAUUUUUCUUCUAAAGAAUCCUGAGAACUGAGGUUUUUCCGUCACAGAGCUAUAAUUCCCAGCACCCUUAAACCACAGUUUUCAGGAUCCUUUGAGGAGUGGGGGAGAGAAUAUGCUGUGUAUGCAGCCUUAGAGUGUCACAUACAGUGGUGCCUCGCAAGACGAAAUUAAUCCAUUCCUCGAGUGUCUUCGUCUAGCGGUUUUUUCGUCUUGCGAAGCAACCCUAUUAGCGGCUUAGUGGAUUAGCGCUAUUAGCGGUUUAGCGGCUAUUAAAGGCUUAGCGGCUUAGCGGCUUAGCUGCUAAAAGGCUAUUAAAGGCUUAGCGGCUUAGAAAAAGGGGGGGAAAGCGAAAAAAAAAUCUCAAGACUCGCAAGACAUUUUCGUCUUGCGAAGCAAGCCCAUAGGGAAAUUCGUCCUGCGAAGCAACUCAAAAACGGAAAACCCUUUCGUCUAGCGGGUUUUCCGUCUUGCGAGGCAUUCGUCUUGCGGGGCACCACUGUAUGUGCAUAAAAUCAGGAGCAGAAGGCAAACAGAGCUUAGGCUUCCUAACCAUUUCCUCUCAGGCUGUUUCCCCACCCACUCAGUCAGUCCCUCUCCCCUUCCCACCCCGUGUCCUUUUCCUGCUAGGGCUAGGAGCAAAUACCUGGCUAACCACCUACUUUCUGUAGCAGCAUCCUACAGUGGCUCUUCAUGUUAAAAUAUACACAGUGGAGCAGUGGCGUAGCGUGGGUUGUCAGCACCCGGGGCAAGGCAAGUAAUUUGCGCCCCCUAACCCAUGGAUUUGCGCCCCCUAACCCGUGGAUUUGCACCCCCUAACCCCCAGAUGUUGCGCCCGGUGCGGCCGGCCCCCCCUGCACCCCCCACGCUACGCCACUGCAGUGGAGGGAGAUUACAUGCUGUUCCAUGUAGCAUGUAGUUGGCUUCCAGGGGGCUUGCUGCUCUAGAAGCUGUCUCACACAUUAACAUGCAUGAACGAUGCUGGUUUGAAAUGAAUUCAUGUGCAACUUUAAAAAGCUGUUCUAAAAGGAUAAUGGUAUUACUGAGCACGAGACAGUUAUUUAUAACUUAAGAGCAGAAGUGUUUUGUGGUGGUCAUGUCAUUCAGUAUUUUGAUUCUCAAAUGUUUGUUUUGGUUUUUAAAAGCCUUAUUUGCAACAUUGCAUCUCCAUCUGUAGUAGUUCCUCAACAGUUGAAGAUGCAUCUCUCCCCUUGCACCUCCUUUGCCUUAAAUACAAAUUUCUGUCGGUCUGCCCUGAAUUCUGAGAGCCUGAGAAAGUUACUGUAAUGAUCAAAUUCAUCAUGGGGGAGUGAUAUGGGUUUUUUGGGGGGGGUGGGGGUGGGGAGAGUCAUUGUUUUAUGACUAGAUGUCUAGCCCUAAAUGUAGAGUAUGUCUCAAGGCUUCACUUUACCUCCCAUCGUAGAGCCUUUUGCUUCUUUCUUCUGACACUGCUCAAAGGAUGAGCACUGAAAAGUUAUAAAUUUAUUCAGUUUCCGUAAAGAACAAGGUCAACUUGGCUUAGUCAGGCAGAGGUUUUCAACCUUUUUGAGUCCACAACUCCCUUGACCAACUACAUUUGUUCUGUGGCUCCCCUCUGGCGUUCCAAGCCUCAGGAGCCCAGUUAUGUCACCCCUUGCCUGCAGAGCCAGCAGCCCCUCACUCCUUUUCGAACACCCUCACUUGUGUAGUGUUCUCCCAGCCUCCUCUCCUCUUUCCCCUUCUUGGGAGCCCUCUGGGCAGCCGUCGCCACUGUCCCUGGUCUCUGAGCCCCCCCCCCCCCGAGAGUUGCCUCCCCUCCCUUCGGGCCUGGGAAGAGGAUGCCCCCAGGCUUAGUGGCCCAAAGGAGACAGAGAUGUGAGAGGGCAUCAGAGGAGGGAAGGAAUGAACUAGGGUCAGAGUCCAGUGUUGCCUAUGGCACCCCCAGGGUGCCUUGGCACACUGGUUGAAAACCCCUGGUUUCGUGGAUGUCUGCUAGUGGGUCAGUGAAAAGGCCUUUCUGUGAUUCCUAAAAGCAAACUCAUUAAUUGGAUGAGAAAUGCUAGUUUAUACAUCCUGCUUGGGAACAGGGACGUGGGUGGUGCUGUGGUCUAAACCACUGAGCCUCUUGGGCUUGCCGAUCAGAAGGUCGGUGGUUCAAAUCCCCAUGACAGGGUGAGUUCCUGUUGCUCGGUCCCUGCCAACCUAGCAGUUUGAAAGCACGCCAAAAAGUGCAAGUAGAUAAAUAGGUACUACUCCGUCGGGAAGGUAAACACCCUUUCUGUGCACUGCUGUGGUUUCAGUGUUCCGUUGCGCCAGAAGCGGCUUAGUCAUGCUGGCCACAUGACCUGGAAAAACUGUCUGAGGACAAACAAUGGCUCCCUUGGCCUGUAAAGCGAGAUAGGUGCCGCAACCCCAGAGUUGUCUGCGACUGGACUUAACUGUCAGGGGUCCUUUACCUUUUGGGAACAGGACUUGGAAAUCUGAAAACAAUUUUUGUGACAUUAGUAUGCGACUCUCAUGCGCCUGCCUAGUCUAGUUCAAUGCACAAUGCUAAACAGAAGACUUGGAUACAGAACUUGUCUUUUGGCAUUUCCAAAAUGCAUGUUCUAUAUAAUAAGUAAGCUGUAGAAACAAAACUAGUAAGUAAAUAUUUGAGCAUCAGAACAGGGGAUGGAAAGUCAACAACUUCCAAAGGCACAGAAAAAAGAGUGAGGUAUUAACUUGCCACUGCUGCCCUGGAGGAGGGGCAGGAAAUAAAUUUAAUAAAGAAACAUAUUAAAUAGUAGGAGGGUGACAGAGCCACCCUCCUGGUUUCCGGCUGGAAGGCAUUCCAAAACUGCAUCAGAAAAGUCCUUCUACUUCAUGGUGGCCAGCCUGGGCAAUGUGUAAGGUGGUGUUUUCAGUGGAGCCUAACUGGUGGUUUCAAACUGAGAGGUACCGUUUCACAGUGGAGGAGAUAUUCCUGGAGAUAAUUGAACCCCUGACUGUCUUAAGUCUCUCAGUCAACACGAGUAUGCUUGUUUAUAACCAGCUACAAUCCAGCAGUAGCUCUCCAUGUGAUGGAGGCAAAUUGGCUAAGCAUCAUCACGCACUGAAAAACGUCCUCUUUAUAUAUUGUAUAUUAAAGUAAACUACUGGUAUGGGUUAACCUGCUAUGAUCUUAUUCUGCACUAUGUCCAAAUACAAGAUAACCUUAAAUUUCUUUAUAGGUUUGGUUAAGUUUCAUCAUGUUUACAAUUUAUAAUAUGCAUGCCUUCACUGAGAGCUUUUUUGUCAGUUCUAAGUGCUCAUAAAAGGUCAAGCAAGGUGCUUUGAAUUGUCAACUAAGAUCCUCAAUUACAUAUAUAUAUAUAUAUACAGAGAGAGAGAGAGAGAGAGAGAUGACAUAUUCCCCUGUUGAACAAACACAACACUACUUGUUACGUGUAUGUUUCUGCAAGUGGCUACGCUUCAGAAUACAUCAGAUUUGGAGAAAUUGGAUCCAUAAACUUCUGUCAUGCUUUGGUUGAGUAAAAAGCAUUGCUAGUUCAACAAAAGCCUUUCCAAGAAAAGGAAGUCUCCUUUGACCCAGUCAUUGUGUCUGACAAAUGCUGACUUGCAUUCUCUUUCUUCCUGUUUCUCUUGUACUGAUUUUAAAGCAACUGGAAACAUUGCCUCUAUCUAGCCACUUUAUCUUUCUCUCACGUCCAGUUCUGAAACUCACUGUGUUGAGUCACAAAACUCAUAAUUCUGGAGGUUCUGGAGGAAAAUGUGCUUUAAUCCAAAGCAUGGAUAUGUGUAGUGAGAUUUUCUUUGUACGUGGUUUGCCUUUUUACCAAAACAAGGACCACUAAUGCCUAUCUUUUAAAAAAUGUGUUAUUUUGCAUUAGUAGAGGCAAUUUCACCCUGUCUAAUUUCUUGACUCGAAAGUAGUAGCUGUGCUGUAGUCUAGAGACUGAGGCAGUUGAACUUGCCUAUGUGGGGGUGGGGGAUAUAUAUAUAUUUAGACUAAGCAAAGAUAUCCUGGACAUAAGGCAUCCCCUGACAUGUCUGUACUACUUCACCAAUUAUAUUAGCUAUGUAACCAGAAGGAUGCUCUGUACAUGCAGCCAACUGCAGCCAACAAUCUCUUGUAUGUCUCUUCGUGAAGAAGAAAAAUUGCCGAGAGGCAAACGUGUCCCCAUUUCUCCACAGCUGAAUUUCUGACCCUGGUCUUGCGUAACAGUUUUGCUUGUUAGAAAUUUGCACUGUAUCUGAAGCUAUAUUCCCAAGGUAAGGAGAGCUACAUGGCUGAUGUCUGGCAUUGUUGCUGCCCGUAUCCUUAGCUCUUGUGUUUCACAGGUUGCCUAAUGGGACAUUCUGCUUUCCCCCCUGUUUUGAAGGUGGAUUCACACAUGCAUUUUCCGGUCUAGUCCGCUGGGUGCUUCCUAUUAAGCAGACAACCACAACCCCCCCCCCCCGAUCUGUUAAACAUAUCCAGUUGAGUACAAGACACCAGCAGCUGUUGUUGCCUAAUCAUCGGAUAUAGGUGUCGGUUCAGCUUGUAUACUCCUUUUCCACAGUGCUGCAAUACCUAGCUUAAACGUGUGGUGAUGACAUCUCCAUGGGGCUCAGGGUGACAUGCAGAAAUAGUCACCCCAAAGACUCCUGAUUUCUACUUCUGGCUGAUCCAGCACCAUGUUUGAUACUUUUACUGUUACAUUUGAAGAGAUGUAUUGAUGCAUGGCAUGAGUAAAGGUGGCACUGUAAUAGAUUGUUUAGGUGCACUUUUCUGAGGAUGGGAACCCUUGAGUGGAUAACCAAUUUUGAAAAGUGGGAGAGGGACUGUACCUCAGUAGUAGAGCACAUGUUUGGUAUGUUAGGAGGUCACAGGUUCAGCUCUACCUGGAGAAGCCAGAGACUGAGAGAGACUCGUAUCUGAGACCCUGGGGCACCUCUGCCAGUUGGCAUGGAAAAUGCAGUAAGCUUCAGGCAUUGGCAUACAGCAUUUUUUGCUUACGGCUUUUUAUUUUGUCUUUAAUUGCUCACUAGGUGAUAAAGCCCUUGAUGGCUACAGUAAGAAAAAGUACGUCUGCAAGCUGCUUUUCAUCUUCCUCCUGGGGCAUGAUAUUGAUUUUGGCCACAUGGAGGCUGUGAAUCUCCUGAGUUCGAACAAAUACACAGAGAAGCAAAUAGUAAGUCAUGUCCCAUUCAUGCAUAGCGUUGAGAUAUAUAUAUAUAUAUAUAUAUAUAUAUAUAUAUAUAUAUAUAUAUACACACAUAUAUAUAGAUAUAUAUACACUACCCACUUCCCAUAUAAUAUUGGGGGUCAAGGGUGGGGACAUUUUUCACCCUGAGGGCCGUGUUUCCUUCUGGGCAACCUUCUGAAGGUCACAUGCUGGUGUUGAGCAGGGCCAGAGGCAACUGUGGGUAGACCUACUAAUGUGAAUUACACCUUUGUGCAGUGGGCUAGUCUCUGUACGUGUGUACUCUCCUCUCUGCCCUCCAUCUAGGCAAGUAAGAGGCAUUGUCAGAAUUCAAGGAUGCAUUACAGUCAGCAGGCACACAAGGGACACAAAUGGCACCUGUCAGUGCUUGAAAUGUAUUUCACAUUUGGCGUCUAGGCAUGUAGGGGUGCAUCAGCAAAAUAUCAGGGGCAGCACAGCAGAACCUUCAAGCAGACGCUGAUGCAGAAUGUAUAAAACCAGAGGUGGGGUAUAAAUAAAUUAUUACUAUGGAUUGGGACAACAUUAAUCAUUUCUUUUAUUAAAUUAGAAAAUAGGAUUCUCUUGGUAUUCAAACAUAAGAGAAAACAUUUCUAAUACAGUAUAGUACAGGGUUAAAAAUAUAUAUGGCUAUUUUAGAGUUUCAGCCAGAUUGUCCUAUAAGCAUCUGGUUUGAAAGAGAGAUUCAUGCUAGGGACCCAUCUCCCUUUUCCCUCUUAAAAAAAAAAAAUCAAGCAGAGGCUGAUUAAGGUGAACUAUAAGCGAUGAAUAAACCAGCUAGGCUUCCUUAUUUCUCUAGUUAUGCACUAGAGAUGUACACUACAGAGAAAUCGCCCUGCACACAUAAAUUUUCCUCUUUCCAGAAAUGUCUGGAUCUCAUCCAGUAUGACUUUUAAAUGCUGUGUUUUGAUAUGCAUACAUCUAAGCAGGAUCCCCACCUGUCAAAUUAAUUUACAUUUGGCUUUUAUUUGUAUGUACUUAGAGUGAAAACUGGCCGCAUUGUGAUAUGCCUGGCUUUUAGGUGAGGUCCUUAAACCAUUAUUCUUGAGAAGCCUGAAUAAUUCCCAAUCAGGAGUGGCCAGCACCGAGUGCAGGGUCUUGAUCCUUCUCCCAAAGCAAAUUCAUCUGCCCCUGCAUCCCAAAUACCCAUUGUUUUUUGGUGGUAGCAGCAAAAAUAGGAGUGGGGAAGCAUAUCUGGUGCUAGGGUGGGUGGAUUGGUUUAAGCAUCUCUCUCCAUCCUAGAGGCCUGUUGAGGAUGCAGAUUCUCCUAUCCCAGGUUUCCAUGGUCAGCCGAUCAUUUGACCGAGAGGGGAGAGAGAGAGCAUUCCCUCCUCAUUCAGUAUCAGGGGCUGUGACCCUGUACGUGUGCAUGCCCUGUAGGUGUAUAUGCAAGAGCAUGGUGGGCCACGUCAACCCCUGGCAUGCAGUCCCCAGAGGGUUGGCCAAGGCUGAAUGCAGCCUAGGCCAACCCUGACCUACCUCAUAAAUGGCACAGGAGCCAUUUGUUAUAAAGCAAUGUUGCCUACUAAGCAUUGCCCCUGCUGCCCACUACUAAUUCUUCUCUUAAUUCCAGGGCUAUCUGUUCAUCUCCGUGCUUGUGAAUUCAAACAGCGAGCUGAUCCGCCUGAUCAAUAACGCAAUCAAGAACGACUUGGCCAGCCGCAACCCCACUUUCAUGGGACUGGCUCUGCACUGCAUUGCCAAUGUGGGCAGCAGAGAGAUGGCGGAAGCAUUUGCUGGAGAAAUUCCAAAAAUACUUGUAGCUGGGUAGGUGCUCCAUGGGAAUUUCAGGGGCUUGACAGAAAGAAGGCAAUUAAACUGAUCCUUGGGAUGCAGCCAAGUAUCUAAACAUUUGCUGACUGAAUGUGGAGUAACAGCCUCCUAAAGGAAAUCCAUAGGAGAUCCUAUUCCACUCUGGAACGAGAGAAGACUCAUUUGUUCCUGAAAGCUCUUUUGGUUUGGCCCCCCUGCCUUUGUGUGGUAUUGCUUUAUUGUUAAUAGGCUCACCGCUUUCGGUGUAACGUGGAUUUGAAAUGUGUAUCUGUGUUAACCAACUUUUUAUAUUAAUUUGUUUUAUAAAAUGGUAUGAUGGCUGAGAAUUCUUCUGUGGAUACAAAUUUAAACAACUGGAUGGCUAAACAACUGCAGUCCUCAUGGACGACCAGCCCUUUUGAAAAGUGAGAGUGCUUGCUUAAGUGCUGGCAUCGCAUCCAUUUAUAUAUAUCUUUCAAAUGUUGUGGGGUGUUUUCUUAACCCAGAUGCUUCCAAAUGAAUGUUUCUUUGGCGUGAAUGAGCCAAAAUGUAUUUAUCUACAGAGAUUAUAUUCAUACAAUACAAAGCCUGCAAUACAAAGCCUAACCUUGGAAAAUAUAGAUUCUUAAUAAUCUGUUGUACUGCAAAAAUAGGUUACAUAUGGCAUCUCAUUCAUUAGACUCAUGUGGUAUGGACAUAUGCAGCCUCAUAGGUUAAAGAACACAGUCCCACAAUCAGUGGCCUUGCCAUGUUUCCUACAUAUACAAAUGUUCCUGCUGACAGAAUCAGUAUGCCAGUUUCAUGAACUGGAAAAUUAUGUGUACUUUGUUGCAUCUGUGGCCUUUUUUUGGAGCUGACACGAUGGCAGUACUCACAUGUACUUUUGGUGCUCAUGUUACUGCUUGCAGUGUGUGCAGCUUUGAAUGUGGAUGGGUACGAGCUUGUAUAUAGGGAAAUGGUCCAGCCUUGCUGUCUUCUAGGAGCUGCCGCUGAAGAAUUUUGGGUGUUUGAGAACCCAUUGACCAGCUUUGGCUUUCUGUUGCAGAGACACCAUGGACAGUGUGAAGCAGAGUGCAGCCCUGUGCUUGCUAAGAUUAUACAGGACUUCUCCUGACCUGGUUCCUAUGGGAGACUGGACCUCCAGAGUUGUGCACCUUCUCAACGACCAGCAUCUGGUAAGCUCACUUGACUAGACUAGAUCUUUUUCUCUUGAAAGUGUGAAUAUUUGAUUGUCUGGAUUCAGAAUUUAAUUAUGUAGAACCAUGGAAGCAAAUAUUUGGCAAGUUUGGCAUUGGUCAACUCCUAACGGUGAGAUGUGCUACACUAAUGCUUUGGGGUCAAGUUGCUUCUGGACUUGAGAUGAGUGAGCUUUCAAAAGUUCUCUUCUCAAUAACUUUGAAUUUGCCAAAUUCUUCUUUUUAAAAAUCCAAACUUGAAUAAGUUGUGUUGAGAUAGUAUGAGGGCCUAUCUGGGGAGCUCUUUUUUCUUGGUCUCAAAGGAACCAUCAGACUCAUAUUGGGGGAGGGUCCAGAAGCUAGUCCUUGUGGGUAACAUGGGGACUGGAUUUCAGCCCCAUCUCCUCUUUUCACUCUGGAAGCAUCCAUUUCCUUCCCCAUAGGAAGUAGUGGAACCAUUACUUCUUAUGGAGACAUGAAAAUAUACCUGUGGCGUGAAAUUAGAAGAUGUGGAUGCGGGGAGUUCAAGACUUGCUGGUUACCUGGCUUUGUCCACACCGUGGGCAAGGUUCAAUUAAUGUGUCCUGUCAGCAGAGGCCCUGCAUAAAGACUUCUGCUUAUGCAAUAGGACUUUCCCCUGCUCUGCUCCCCCAUAUUAAGGUUACCAGACAUCCCCGUUUCCUAGGGACAGUCCCCGGAUUUACAAAUCAGUCCCCAUACAAAAUCCAUUGAAGUUGAAAAGUGACCCUGGAUUCAUUGGAAAAGAUCUGGUAACCUUACCCCACAUGUGCCCCCUCCAGAUUGGCUUGGGUGUGUGUAGAAGAGACCCUGAAACAGUGCACAGAGGAAUGGCGAGAGAAGGGGUCAUUCUGGAACAAUGGGAAUCAUUCUGGAACAAUAAUCUUAGUACUGUAUGACGUUGGAAGUCCUCCCAUUGUGUUUUUCCUGCCCACAAGUAAACUAAUGGAGAGAAGCAGCGCCAUGAGCUUGCAAUGGGAUUAGGAAAAAAAUGCUGCAGGACUUCCUUUCCUGAAAGCUUGGAUUUUGAGCACUUGCAGAAAGAAGUUCAGGGAUUGAAAGGAUUAUGCCUGGCCUUCUGAACCCAGCCAGGCUCAGAUGAGCAUACUUCAUCCCUGUUAUCGCCUGGGAAAAGGCAGGAAGUGGCACAGCAGUUUGCUGAAGAGGCUUCAGGCAGUGUCAUAUACUGGCCAGGCUUGCCGCCCAUUCCUGUCCAGGUGUGCCACAAACUCAUGUGCCAGAGUCCAUGUGGCAAAGGAAUGAAAGGAAUGAUCCUUAAGGUAUUCAGCAUCCUGCCUAGUAAAACGAACAAGCUUUUGAAAAGACACUGCAGUGCGUUCAGUGAUGUUUCUGGUAAUAUGCACGCAGGUUACAGUCCACAGAUAAGUUGCAUCUGUGCCAUAACUGCUUUCCUUUUGUCUUUGAGGAGAAAUUGUCAUUUUAUACAGAGCUCCUAAUGUACAGAGUGCUUUGCAAACUCACUUGUCCAAGAUCCUGUGAAGUAAACAACCAGCUAGUUUUACUCUUGGUACGAGGGUGACUUAUCACUAGUCACACAAUCUAGGGACUGAUCGGGGAUUUCAGCACAAAUCAAAAUACAGUUUUCUGUGUGCCAGACCAGCAGCCGACCAAGAAAGGGUCUUUCCUAAUUGUUUGCAUUGUAUCUUUGCAAAAGGGAAUGAGUUAUUUUCUUUCUUUCUUGAUGGUGGUUUUUUUUUUUUAAAGUCUGCAGUGGAUUUGGUUAAUAUUUGAAUGCAUUACUCCAAUAUAGGGCAAGGUCAUGUACAGGCCAGUUACAGAAGGUGGCAGGGAAUGCAUAGCCUUUUGUAACAGGACAUUGGGAUCCUGAGAUUGUAGUUUGCCUUAUUUUAGCCCAUUAUUGCAGGCUACGGAAGAUACACACCUGCAUGAAUCAAUAUGUAUAUUUUUAAAAAAUUAAUUGGUCAUUUCAGAGUAUCUUUCACCCUGCCCCCUCCUGCAAUAUCACCCAAGCCUAAUAAAUAGUAUACAGUAUGGGUUGCCAAUAUGGCGCUAGUGGGUGCAGUGACCCCUUUGAGGUCUUUUUCCUGGUGCCCAUGAAGCUUCUGAGCACCUUCUCACUGCUGCCUUGGUGGUGAAGGCGGUCACCUUUUUCUCCCUUGGCAAAGUACCUAGAGCUGAAGGAGGAAGCUGGAAGAAUGACACACUUUCCCACUUCCCUUUUCCAGUUCUAUGAACUUUUUAAGGUUCCGAUGAAUUCUCCUCCGAGAUCAAAUUGUGUGUGUGCAUGCACUUUCUUUCCUUUCCUGUUGGGAGCAGUGGGCUAAUCCAAAGAAAGGGGGAGAAGUGACCAGACGAGAUGGUGUCCAAGACACCCCCAAAUGCAAAUGUGCCCAUGGACUUUUAAUUGGUUGGCAACCCCUGGUAUACAGAAACAGCAUAUGCAGGGAAGAGGGAAGUCCUAACCAUACCAUACCAUACCAUACCAUACCAUACCAUACCAUACCAUACCACGUAAAUCCUAAAAUGGAAAUAAGGGAUAGCUGGGUAAGAGUAGCCAGGUGACUGGGGGGGGGGGGGAAUGGAUCAGGGCAUACUAAGAAAAACACAAUAUACUUGUCAGAAGUCAUACCCCAGUUUUUUUAUAUAAAUUGCAUUAAUAAAACAUCUAAAUACAUUAAUACAGUUCGUCCGUUUUGAGCCAAAUAAAGGAUUGAAUCGUUUUUGAAGCAGGAGAAGAGUAGAAAGAUUUUAUGCUGCCAGUAGAUGCCUAAGGGCCAAACAAGGCAUGAUGUGGACAGUGUGUGAACAGCGUCUCCCACAGCUUUCUUUUCUUUUUCUUUUCCUUUCUCUCUUUGCAGCUUUGGGGGAAAUUAGAUUGAGAUCAUGACAUGAUGGCAGUCUGGGGGAAGGUAACUUCUCCCAUUCUGGUCUAAAUCCCACUCCAAGCCGCUACUUUUUCUGUAGGGGGAAAACCUUUUUUUUUUUUUUUUUGGCCAUACGGUACAAAGACUAGCUCUGAUCUUGUGAUCUAGUUCCCCUGUGGCGUUAUUGGUGCUUGGAAAAGAACAAACUGUGGGAGAUCCUGUGCAUCCAGCUUAAUAGGCAAUUUGGCUCUAAUAAUAUCCCCCGAAACCGAGAGACCUGUGGAUGGGCUUGAUGUUGGGGACUUUGGCUUUGGGAAAUGGGCCCAUCCUCUCACAGUUUGCCACCUUAACGAUCUUUAUUGAAGAGCAACACAUUUCUCUUUUUGAUAGAGGUGCUCGCACUCCCUCCAGCAGUUAAGACAAUGCCUUCUAGGCUCAUGGAACAAGUACAAUGGGAGUGAAACUGGGAGGAUGGCAAUAGAACUGGGGUAUUUUGGGGUGUGGGGAGGCUAUACUAUCUUGGAUAUUUGCCCUCUUUUGGUUAAAAAGUACAGCCCUGUGGUGUAAAGUAUGUGUGGCAUAAUAAACAAAACUUAAUGGUGCUCUUGGUAUACAAUGCAUGUGCUUAGUAAUUGGAACGGAUUUCAGGGAGCUGUAAUCCUGUUUUUCUCCAGGGUGUGGUUACUGCUGCUACAAGUUUGAUCACCACUCUGGCACAAAAGAAUCCAGAUGAAUUUAAAACCUCCGUGUCUCUGGCGGUCUCCAGACUCAGCAGGGUAAGCAUUUUAUUGUUUAGACGCAAGUGCUGGAAUGAAACUAGGCUAAAACUAAAUUAAGCUGGCUGAUUAGAUUAACCAUCUGGUUUAGCCUCAUGGGAAGCUGAAGUGCAGUUGGUAUGAGAGCCGUUCUGAUAGUUUGACAGGCAGAGUAGCUGAAGGCAAAGAGAUGUAAUUUGCUGUGCAAUAUCUCAUGCACAGUGAUUGUGUUGGGCUGAUCCAAUCACUUAAAAAAAAAUUCUUAGCUGUGCAGGAGAUGGCAGAUAAACACGCUUGUAUAGGUAUAGCUGAAAUUAAAAUGUAAAUAAUAUUUUGAGGCUUUGCAGGCAAAGCCACUCCUUAAUUGCAAGAAGUUUGGAAGACCAGGGUUCCACUUCAGUAGCUACCGAAGCAGGAAGAAAAUGAUCCUAUCUGUGAUCAAGGCCUUGUAGUCAUUUUUUUUGGUAGUACAGUGGUACCCCGCAAGACGAACGCCUCGCAAGACGGAAAACCCGCUAGACGAAAGGGUUUUCCGUUUUGGAGGCGCUUCGCAAAACGAAUUUCCCUAUGGGCUUGCUUCGCAAGACGACAGCCCAUAGGGAAAUCUCAGGGACAGCGGGGAAGCGCAGCGCGUCUUCCCCACUGUCCUCGGACCUCCUCCGAAGCCCGGCGGCGGGGCGGGGACACCUCCUCCGCCGCCGCCGGGCUCGGAAGGCUCCUCCGAAGCCGGGCGGGGGGGAGGGAACACCUGCCGCCGCCGCCCGGCUCGGGAACGGUGCUCCGAGCCGGGCGGGGGGAGGGAACACCUCCGCCGCCGCCCGGCCGGGAACGGUGCUCCGGCCGGGCGGUGGGGAGGGAAGACCUCCCCGCCGCCCGGCUCGGAACGGUGCUCCGGCCGGGCGGGGGGAGGGAACACCUCCGCCGCCGCCCGGCUCGGAACGGUGCUCCGGCCGGGCGGGGGAGGGAAGACCUCCCGCCGCCGCCCGGCUUCGGAACGGUGCCCGAGCCGGGCGGGGGGAGGGAAGACCUUCUGAAGGCGGGCGGGGGCGAAAGUCUUUGUCCCCCUGCCUGCCUUCCCAGGGGCUUUGAAUUGCCCCGGACAGCGGAGGAGUCCUCCGCUGUCCCGGGGUGAUUUUAAAAUGCCGCCCGCCAGCAUUUUAAGAUCGCCCGGACAGCGGAGAAGUCCUCCGCUGUCCCGGGUUUUAAAAUGCUGGGGGUGGGAAGAAAAGCCCUUGCCCCCCCAGCCUUCAGAAGAGGUCCGGGGACAGACUGUCCCCGGACCUGGUCUGAAGGCGGUUUCCCAAGGAACGCAUUAAUUGAUUUUCAAUGCAUUCCUAUGGGAAACCGUGCAUCGCAAGACGAAAAACUCGCAAGACGAAGAGACUUGCGGAACGAAUUAAUUUCGUCUUGCGAGGCACCACUGUACAGUUUGGCAAUUCCAUUCAUCGGUGCACUACUGAACAGUCUCAAUGACAUUAUCUGCAACAGUAAUCUAUUAAAAAGGAAAGCCACCUGAAGUUUCAAAGGCCAGAUAAGUACAGAAAUAUUUCCCAGCAAAUAUACCUGUAGCUUUGUCUCAGGUUGGGUUGAGCAAUAAUGCCUGAGCAAUAAUGCCUGCUCAACUGUACACUUAAAGGAGUUGCUGCUGGUUGUGAUGCCAGUAGCCAAAGAUAGGGCUACUGCCAUUGCAGUAGUUCUUAAGAUGAUAGUUGACCAGUUUUCUGCUCGUACUUAAUUCCUGCAGGGAGCCAGGUCCCGCUGAGGCCUGUUUGCAAGUAGCAAGCUCUUGUUCUGCAAGGCAUUCUGCCUAAUCCAUGCAGGAUGGAUUCUUGACAGUAGACACUUAGAGAUUAGUGGCAUGAUUGGUUUGCUACUUUGAAAACUUGAACCCCAGCCAGGCUAGCCAAAGAUUUUGCUGCCUGAGGUGAAGGACUGGAUGAUGAUCUCACUCCCCCUUCCAUCCCAGAAUCUGCACACAGAAGUAAAUGGAACUGGCCAUUGAAUGCCAGCAAUGGGGCAAUAUCCGCCACCACAUCUGAGGACAGCAGGACAGCUUAGGGGAUGCAUGGAUGGCCCACACAUUGUUGUCAUCUAAUUUCUGGCUGCCACUCUCACUCUCCACCCAACAUCUGCCAGCUGAGGUGGCUACCUUGCUCUGCCUUAUGGUAUGGCCAGCCCUGGAUUUAAACUUGUUCCAAGACACCCCGGAACAGUGUAUGGGAAAGGAGAGGGGAUUGUUCUGUCCUGCAAGCCAUGCAAAAUAGUUUUAUGGCUUAUUGUUAAUCUAAACAGUCCUCACUUUCUCUUGCAGAAGACUGUUAUCGUCUUUCCUUUCCUCUUCCUUCCCACCACAAUGUCAUGGCUAUUCAGUGUGGACAUCAGUUGUUUUCCCCAUUUCCCCUAAUUUAACAUAGAGUAUUUUAAAGCUUUCUGUCCAGAUUUUUUCUAUCCUUCCUGCCCCUCCUGCAGAUCUCAAGCACAGUCUUUUAUCUGCCCUUCCCUUGAAAAGCAUGAUGUAAUUGAGAAUCUGCUGUCCCUCAGCAGAAAGUACAAAAGGCAUAUUCAAGCACUGUACACUGGUUUGAUACAGCUGAGUUUGGGAAAAUCUGUCUUGUUGUCUGGUCUAAAAACGUUAUCGUUCUAAAUUCCUCCUCGCCCAGAACUUCUGCCCAGCUGUAUCUGCCUCUGUCAAAUUUCCUGUUGUCUUCCCUUGUGGAAAUGCUCCCAUCAUCCUGGCCCAUUCAUCAUUCAGAAGAACAAAUUAACAGCCUUCCUGAGUCAACCCAGCCUCCUGCAACAGAGAUUUGUUGGGGUUGCUUGCUGAGGGCGUAUAUGAUCACACAGAGCUGUAAUGGAGAGCUUGCAGCUACAGUCUCUCACUUCCUGCUUUGAGUUGUUGGUCUGUCCUCAGACAAGUGACUGGCAAUCACUGAUAAUCUCUCUUGUGCUGCCAGGUUCCUCCCCACUCCCGUUAAAUUGCUAUUGAAAUAGGAAGUUGAAGUUUAUACAAAUGAUGAAUUGUGGCACUUGUGUGCUAAUUCCAAUCUAUUGUUCCUUUGUUCUACUAUUAUGUGAACUAGUUGUUGUUAUGAUGUAACUAACUAGCAACUACUGGUGGUACGUUCAUGUUCUGCUUGCAAGCUGCCCAUGGGAAUCUGGUUGAGAACAGGAUGCUAGACAAGAUGGGGCUUUGGUCUAAUCCCGCAGAGCCUUUCUUAUGACUCUCCAUCUUCUUCCAGCAUAUUCAUGAUCUUGCCGAUCUCUAGCAUAUUUCCCCCUCUGUGUUUCUUCUCUAGUGGCUGCUUGCUUGUCUUUGAGCUCCCUGGCAAGCCUUCCACAUUGCCUUACUCAGUCUUUUCCCUCAUGGGCCUUGUCUUGCGUUUUUUAAGGCUCAGCAUCAUUUUACUGUGGCUUAUUAUUAUUAUCUAUUAAGCUGGACAAAGCGCCACAGGAAAAUAACAGUUCUUGUCUUGCAGAUUGUGACGUCUGCAUCAACUGAUCUCCAGGAUUAUACCUAUUACUUUGUCCCAGCGCCGUGGUUAUCUGUGAAGCUUCUAAGGCUGCUGCAGUGCUACCCACCUCCAGGUAAAGUAAUUGCAAUCACUCUGCUUUCACACUUUGCUUACACAGGAGAGAAGCCAUUUGCACUAAAACAGCACAUGUUUGCAGAAAGAGAGAGAGAGAGAGAGAGAGAGAGGUUCAAAUAAUGAACCCCACUGCUAAGUCUGCUGCAGGCAUAAUAUUCCCAGUAUUUCUAACUAUGGUUUCAAUCUAAUUGUCUAAUUAUGUUGAAACCAUGAGCAAAUGUUCUGGCAACACCAUAAUCAAAUCAAACUUGAUAACUGAAUAACCCAUUUAGUGGUCUUUGGUUUCAUUUUCAGUACUUGGCUCUUUCAUAUCAGUGAUUCUGUAAUGAUCGAAGGAUAAACUUGGUUCUAACUUUGCAGAACCAAAAUGCUGGUGCCAUAUGCAGCUUUCUGAAACUGGAGAAACAAUGCCAUCUAAUGGGCAUUUAAUGGUUUGAUAGUAAAGGCUGUCAAAAUUGCCUGGUGAUCUUGCCUAACCAUUCUAUUUCUCCCAGAAGAUCCUUCAGCACGAGGUCGUCUCACCGAGUGUUUGGAAACUAUUCUUAACAAAGCUCAAGAACCUCCAAAAUCCAAGAAAGUACAGCAUUCAAAUGCGAAGAAUGCAGUGCUAUUUGAGGCAAUUAGUUUAAUUAUCCACCAUGAUAGGUAAGUUUGGCAUUCAUAAUGCAUGGCUGGCAGUAACAGUUUGAGAUGUGAGCAUCAGUUCUUGUCCUAAAUCUGUGGUUUCUGAGAAAGUAUAUACUAAUUUUGUAUUCUUUUGUUCUCUGAAAGAGGGCACAGUAUGUACUUUUUCCACAGUCAUUCUGGCAAAUGUCUGAGCAGCUCCUGAGUGAAAAACAAUUAUGGGAGUAGUUUUUGUUCUGGAGUUUAGCAUUACUCAUGUGUUGUAAGUUUGUAAUCUUGCUAAAUGUAAUACUGAAGUCCUUCCUCACCUUAAGACCAUUUAAAAACUUAUGACUGAGUGUUGCUUGGCUCAACUAAACAGGAUACUGGCAGGGCCCAGUCAAUGUCCCAUGCAUUUCCUAACAGUGGAUUGUGUAGUACAUGGACAUUGGGGUGGAAGGAGAGACUUCACCCCCCAGUAAUCCCAUCCUCCAUCCAAAUUGUCCGGUUUUGGAGCUCUACUGGGAUAAAAUGACCUUUGUUUACCUGAUGCCUUCCAGAUGUUUAGGCCUACAACUCCCAUCAACCCCAGCCAAUAUGAGUUAUAGCCCAAAGCAUCUGGAGGGUGCCAAGGAGGUGACGGUUGACUUGAGAAGUUUUCAGGGGUAAUGUUUGGUACUAUCCUCCUAUCCUCCCUCUGCCCUGCCACGUAUUAAGGAUGCACGAGCACCUGAUUCCACACACAAGUCUCCCACAGUCUCCUGUUUUAGCCCUAACUGGGCUUGCCUUUGCUCCUGUGUUGAACAACAUGGGAAUAAGGAGUUGGGGUACACCAAGUAGCCUAAUCCCUGACAUUGGAUCCGCCCCACCCCCCAUGUCUGCACAACUCCUCUGAUGUCAGGGGAGUCGAGGUUUCCAGAUUCCAUGAAAGACUUUGUGCAUACAGUUCUAUGUACAUGGGCCCCCUCCCUGCAGAUGUUUGGGCUGUAAGUUCAGACAUUGGGGGAGGUGUGUACAAUGGAUGUGACAACAAGCAGACAAUCUGAAGAUGAAUUCAGUCAUGUAUGUUGCAUUCCUUCCUUCCCACAUGCAGUGUGCAUCACACUGUGUCUUACCUCUUAAAAAUGAAAAAAACACCUUUUUAAAAAAGAAAAAAGAAAAAUAAUAGCUAUGUUUCAUUUUAGUCUCCUUCACUUGAGAGCAUGUAAAUCUUUGAAACUGGCUAAGAAUAUGUGUGUGUGUAUAUAUAUAUAUAUAUAUAUAUAUAUAUAUAUAUAUAUUCUACUUAAACCUCCUUGCUGCCACUGGAAUAGCACAACUGAGAACAUUGUUUUAUAAUCUGCUACAAGCAUUUGUUUUAUAUUCUUGGCUAAAAUCUAUGGCAUGCACUAUGCAACCUAUUCCCCCUUGCAGACUGUUACUUGUAUAGUUUGGCUUUAUUCCUCUGUUAAUGGGGAGAGGUUGCUUCCUAUGCUGCUGUAGGUAACAUACGAUGUGAGACGGGCUGAUGUUACUACUUCAACCAAAGGCUGAAAUCCGUCGAUGCAGGAUGGCUCUCUUCCAGUCACAGUAUUCUUGGCCCCUCCCACAUCGUUGCAUCAAUUACACAUUUCAGGAGCCGUGUGAGAGGUCACUAUGCCUUCCCUCUAUUAUAAGAACUGUACCUGAGGCCACCAUUGUGUUAUCAGGACACGGCAGGAUCCCAGACUCUGCAAAGCUCCUGAUAAGCUUCCAGCUUUUAAAAUAGAAUCUUAAUUACUUAAAAUAGAAUUUUAAUUACUUCCUGCAAUAUGUAGCUGUGCUGCUACUAACCCUCCAAAAGGUAUUAGCUGCAGUUUUGAAGCUCCUGUAGUGAAGGUACCUCUUGGUACCUAACUCUUAUUAAUGUUUUCCUCGAUGCACUUUCCUCACCCAAAUUCUGUCUUUUCUUUUUCUUUUUUACCUUUUCCACACACUCUCUUCUGCCUAGUGAGCCAAACCUGCUUGUCCGUGCCUGUAAUCAGUUAGGCCAGUUCUUGCAGCACCGGGAAACUAAUCUUCGGUACCUAGCACUGGAAAGCAUGUGCACGCUUGCAAGCUCUGAGUUUUCACACGAGGCCGUGAAAACGCACAUAGAAACAGUUAUCAAUGCACUGAAGGUAACUAUUGGAUCUGUGUAUUAACCUGAAAUUUGGACUUGAUUUUUUAAAAACAAAGCAAAACCAAACCAUGUAUCUGUGUGGGCUUGCUGCUUUGCAUUCCAAGAGCAGCAAGAGUUUUAUUCAUGCAAUAAAAAGGAUGUAGAGUGGUCUCUUCAUUGGAAGCUCUUUAAAACAUAAUGAACAAUAAAGAGAGGCUUCACAUCCAUCAGUGGGCCUGUGCUUGAACUGCAGCCUGAAUCACGUGCCACUGUCCUGGGAUUUAACAUGUUGAACAAGGGAGUGUUGGUUAGAAGGACAGAGGGCAAUUGAGGGGAAUGACGAUGCCUCUGAGGAUGCUGGAGGUGAGGAGGAUACCAGAGAAAAGCACCUAGCUGAAGAGAAAGAAUGGAUUAAGGUUUCUACUGAAGGAUGCUUAAUUUACUUUCUCUGUUUUCCUCCCAAAUGACUGACUGUCGCCACGCAGCUAGAGCUGGACUUGGCUUUAACCUCCUGCCCUUGCCACUAAAAUUAAUGUACAGCAACCCUGGGAGGGGAUCACCGUCCCACAGGGAAGAGACCCAAUACAGCAGUUGGUGGGUCUCACCACUACCCACUACCUCCUGUAUCUGGAUCCUUGUUCUUUUCUGACCCGUUCCUUCCUGCAGUUCAUGGUGCCCUUGGAUGCAUCAACGUCACCACAGUCUAGUUCUUAAUACUUUCUAGUCGAAGUAUAAAGCAGGGGCCACCAAUCUUUUUUGGGGUCCAUGAUAUCAUUUAGAUUUUUGAGCAAGUGCUGUGGAUGCCACCCAUGCUGCUCACUUAUCGUUUCUGUCUCCCAGAUUAGCUCCUCCCCAUGAGUAAGAAAGUGUCCGUGCGUGCAAUUCUUUUUGCUUUUCCAAGGGAUCUGGGUAAAAGUUGGAUCCUGUAGAAUUCAUCUGGACCAUAAAAAGCAUAUAGAGCUGGAAGAGGAAGUAGGGUAGAGUGUCAACACUUCUACCUUCUUCCCUUAGAUCUCAGCACCCACCUUCUGACAAAUAUGUGACAAGCCACUCUCUCCACUUCAUGACCAAUGGGGCUCAGAGGCUUUGUGGGCACCAGGGAGAGACCCCGGAGGGACCCUAGUUUGAGCUACUGCUAGCCAUUGUCCCAGGGGUGGAGAACAUGCAGCCUUCCGUAUGUUGCUGAACUAAAAACUCCCAUGAGACCCAGCCAGCAUUUGGGAGACCUCAAGCUCCCCAACUCUGCGUUACUGCUACUUUUCUUGCAUAGUUUGUUGGCCCCCUACUGAGGAGUCUUGUGUGGGUACAACCGGGGGUGGGGUGGGGUGGGGUGAAUGCCUUGGUGUCAUUCAUUACAUGGUUAUCCUUCCCUUGAUCCAGGACUCUUAAUUAGUAAUAUUUAAUAAAUAAUCAUUCCACUUAAAAUUGUUUUCCUGGCUUUGACCCCAAUUGGGAUGAAGCCAAGUAUCUUGUUUCUUGUUAUAAAUGCUGUUUAGGAUUAUUGACUUCGAAACAAAUGCCGCCUGGUACUGAUUCUAGGUGCAAUUCAGGCGCUAGUAUCUGUAGCGUGGGCACUCCGAUAGUCUGCUUAAAAAUUUGGACACGUCUUAAUUGUUGUUUCCCCAAAUCUCUCCCUUUGUGUUGAUCUUUUACCAUUGUGAUGCCCUUUGCAGACAGAGAGGGAUGUAAGUGUGCGACAAAGAGCGGUGGACCUCCUGUAUGCCAUGUGUGACAGAAGCAACGCCCAGCAAAUUGUAGCUGAAAUGCUGAAUUACCUGGAAACUGCUGAUUAUUCUAUUAGAGAAGAAAUUGUAAGUAAUAAUAAUAAUAAUAAUAAUAAUCCUCAUCAUCUGAGCUGUCUUCACCGUUGAGUGCUGCUAUAAAUUUAGAGCUGCAAGAUGACAUCAACCUUUGCUAAGCUAAACAUAGCAUCUGACAAUUUCAAUGUGACUACUGUGUACAAAUGCUAAUUCCAGUAGAUGGUCACCUUUGUGCUGACUUCUAGAGGAGUAGUCAUAAUAAAUUUAUUUUAAGGUUCCACUGGUGACAAUCUUUUGGUUGCUCUUUAAAGUAGAUGGCAGAAUUUCUUGCACUGGGUUUAUUAAACUGUAUAUGAUCAGUCUAAUCACAGUAAAAUGUGCUUCGCUUUUACUUCAGUUGAUCCUAAAAUAUAUUGUCUCUGGAUCACCCUUUUACAUUUGUUUAAGGUAUUAAUCAAUAUUGGAUACGUUGUACUAAGGAGGGUAUUUAUACUAACUAGUUUGGAUGAAUUGAGAGAUGUAGGAACAGUGGUGCGUUUAGUUUUCCUUUAUUUUUUUGAAUGGAUAGGUAUUAAAUGCUGUAGAAAUUCAUUGUUUGAAUGAAGUUGCUUCAUAAGUUGGUGUUGUGUAUGUUUGCUCAGGUGCUGAAGGUUGCGAUUUUAGCUGAGAAAUAUGCAGUGGACUACACUUGGUAUGUGGACACCAUCUUGAAUUUGAUUCGAAUCGCUGGAGACUAUGUCAGUGAAGAGGUGUGGUACAGAGUCAUCCAGAUUGUAAUUAACAGAGAUGAUGUGCAAGGAUAUGCAGCAAAGACAGUCUUUGAGGUAAGACAUAAUUAUUGUUUGGAAGCCUUUUUCUUCCAGCAUCUCACUGUAAACUAGUAAUGAAAGCCAAGUGGUAAGGAAUAAUUCUGGUCCAGGUGGGUGUUUGACUUCUUUCAUCAUUCCCCUUUGCUGGCAUUUUCUAUUUAUGCUCUUUUCUUACUUGCUUCUGACACUUCUGCGGUUCUGUAACUUUGCCUUGUCCCUUCCCUUAAUUUCAUUUUUAGCAAUAGACCCACAAGGUAUGACUUUUUCAUUGUACUAAUGGUGUAUUACUUACAUGGAGAAAUCCUUGUCUCAAUGAAAAUAGACAUGAAGCUAGGCUAAAGAUUGAAUUGGGAAAAGUUUCUGAGGCACUGUGAGGGGGGAGAGAAUUGUUCCAUGUGAAAAUUUGUGUAAACCACACAUCCAUGGUGGAUGAGGCAGCAGUUGCCUAGAAUGAGGAAGAAUGAAUGAUGGAUGAUGAUGCCAAGGGGCCAAUAAACUUUGAUAAACUGUCUUGUGAAUGCCACAGAUAAUUACACAAUUAUUACUACCUGCACUUCCCUGCGUUUUAUUUCUGUUAACUACUCUCUUUCUCUUCCUUCUUCUUCUCUCUCUCUUAUAUAUGUCUCUCAGGAUAACACUUAAUGCAUCUGAUGAAGGGGUCUGCAGCCCACAAAAGCCUAUAUGCCAUAAUAAUUUUGCUAGUUUUUUAAAGGUGGCACAAGACUCUUCAUUAUUUGUAAUGUUGCAGCUGGUGCUUUCUCUACAUUGCCCAAAUAUGCUUAGAUUGAAAUAGUUUUAUUAAAAAUGAAAUUUAGAAAGACUGGAAUAGUCCAGUUCUGAAUCGAAGAAAUUAUAAUUGGCUAGUGAUGCAAAUAACUUUUCUAUAAACACCUCAAUAGUUUGAAGUAGCACUUGGCCAAAGUGUUGUAGUUAUAACUGUUAGGGUGGAUGGUCAAUAACUGGUGCUGUCUUCCUACUGAGCUGACGUGACCUUUGCACUUGGGUGACUGCUGUCACUUAGGCAUGCUGUAUCCAGGUUGGGUAAUAAUCCUUUUAGGGCUCUGGGUACCUGGCCCUCUUUCCCUGUUAUGAGCCGCUGCUAUCAAGAGUGCAUUGUCAUAUGCACCCCUGUGCCGCCACCCCUCUCAAAGGCCAGGUUGGCACUUUCUUUCUUCUUGUCAAGAUUAACUAGCUGUCUUGCACGAGUUGUGUACUUGGAACUGAUCCUCGCUCUGCAGGCUUCUGAUAAGACCCCUCUGUUUUGAGCAGCUUUCUGCACAAAUUGCACUACUCCCUGACACAAUGAGAUAAACCUGCCUUGCUGCUAAGAGCUAAUCUUCCAUCUGUUCCUCUAAUCUGUUGUGUUGCGAUAGCACGAGCAAAAAAUGUUUUGAGCGUGAAAAAGUUAUUUGCCGUUCUUAUUUCUCUUAAAUUAGCCUUAUAGUGGCUUUGGAGGAGAGAAGAACUUGGCCAUGCCAGGAAAAUAAUAAUAAUAAUAAUAAUAAUAAUAAUAAUAAUAAUAAUAAUGCAGCAUUAUAUCCUGAUUUGCUGUGAUUUGUUUGUUUCAAAAGCUUCUCUGAGAGCUUUGACUGACCAGUACCUAACAAGCACUUUUUAAGGAUUUAUGUAUUAUGCUAACUUUCAGAACCUUUUUUAAAAAAUGGGAUCUCUUUUCUUCCUACCUCCCCUUGCAAAUGCCUCCUUUUGGGUCUGUUUCUUUUAUUUCUCUCUCUUAAAAUAUAUUACUAUUUUUAAUUAAAGCUGUUAACUCCUUUUGUGAUUUCUGGUCAAAAAGCAGGAUAUACAUCUAAGAACGACAACUUUUCCAAUACAUUGGGCAGGAGUAAAAAGGAGGGCAACUAGUAAACGGAUUUUCCUCAUUCCAUUGUGUUUGUACUUCUUGUACAGAUGCAGGAAACUAGCAGUCCAUAUCACAGAAUGGAAGAGAACGUUCCUCCUAGAGCGGUAGAAGUUACUUCCAUGUUUAAAGUGUUGUUGCAGAGUGCAGGGGAGAGGGAGGACUGCAAACUCUUCUCUCCAGUUCAAGCAUAUCUUCCCCACAUACAGCACAAUAUCCUCCAAAUAAUGCCAGCCAUUUAGUAUCAGUUUGGAAGAGACCAGUAGGUUAUUGGAUUCAGACUCAUAACUUCUUGCCACCCUGCUCUCCAUGUGUGAGUCCAGUUUGCCCCUUCACCUGUGCUAUAUGCACAAUGCUGGACCAAUACUCAAAUGAAAACCAAGCUGCAUGCCAAGGGAUCCCAGACCUUCAGUCACUAGCCAAUCCUAGAUUAUAAGAAAAUUCCUUCCAACCCAAUGGAGAUCAGGCAGGCCUCAUGUCUCCCAGUGGGUAAUCUUGCUCUAAUCAAUAUCAUGUUUCUAGUUGUGACAGUCACUGAUGCCCUGGAGGAAAGGGAGAAACCCUAUGUAGACACUACUGUGAGGCACCCAAAUAAAAAUUCAAAAAAAUCCUGAAUCUUCAUCAGCACUAAUGUUUUAGGUGCAUGCAUUUACUGAGUCUAGCAACUUUAUGAUGGGCUUCAAAUGUCUUCAACAGGCGCUUCAAGCACCGGCCUGCCACGAGAACCUGGUAAAAGUAGGUGGCUACAUCUUGGGAGAGUUUGGAAAUCUGAUUGCUGGGGAUCCAAGAUCUAGGUAAAAACACACUCUUGAACCUGGGGGUGGCAUCAAGGAAUUAAUAACUGUGGCAUAAUAACUAUGCAGCCAAUUUUAAAACGGUCUAUCUACAAUAAUAAUUUGUGAUCUUUCUGUCAUGCUAUGGCAGCAUGCUCACUUGCCCAGUAUGUCUCCAGAGCUUUUGGCUCUGCCCCUCCUAACUAUGUUCUUCUCGUCCCAGAGUGGAGUGGGGGGCCCUUGAGUCAGGAGUCCCCGAUACCCCAUUUUUUUUUGACAUGGCCCAUGGAGAAUUUAUUAGGAUAGCGCUCAAUGUGUGCAGAAGGACAUGCGGCUGUGAGGAGAGAAAGCCAUCCUUUCUCUUUAAAGUAACAAUUCUGUAAACUAGUGGAUGAAAUAGGAUUCUGAGAUCAUGGCAAGAGAAAUUUCAUUACUUAAGUACAGUGGUACCUUGGUUCUCGAAUUCAAUGUGUUCUGGGAGUCCGUUCGACUCCCAAAACAUUCGAAAACCAAGGCACGGCUUCUGAUUGGCUGCAAAUCAUUGUCAACUCGCAGUUUUAAUGGUGACUUUGUUCUUGUUCCCUUUUCCUCUCUUUUCCUCCCUUCCACCCCAGCCCUUUGAUCCAGUUCAACCUGCUGCACUCAAAGUUCCACCUAUGCAGUGUUCCAACCAGAGCGCUGCUUCUGUCUACGUACAUAAAAUUUGUGAAUUUAUUUCCUGAGAUAAAAACAACUAUUCAGGAUGUGCUGCGCAGUGAUAGCCAAUUGAAAAAUGCUGAUGUCGAGCUGCAGCAAAGAGCUGUUGAGUACUUGAGACUCAGUACAAUUGCAAGUACUGACAUCUUGGUAUGUAUUCACACGAAUGUGAAGUUGAUUCUUGGCAGCUGUGUCCAGAAAUAUUGCUCCCCCUCCCCCUGUUUUUUACACCAGCCAUAAUUGUGAUUGGUGGUUUUUUUGGGGUGGGGUGAAGGGGGUUGUUAAUUGAUUGUAGCAAAUGGGAUAAUGUAACAUACACCAUGUGGGGGUUAUACUUUAAGACAGAGGUUGGGAAAUGUGAUCCUCCAUGUUAGACUCCUACCAGCCCAGCCAACAUGGUCGGUGAUCAAGAUUGAUGGGAAUUAUAGACUAGUGACAACAGGAGGGCUAGAGAUUCACCAUUCCUCCCUUAAGAAAUCACAGUGUUUUUCCUACCUCUUCCAAGUAUACAUGCUCUGGUCUCUUAUGGCUUGUUUUCCCUAUAAGGCAACUGUGCUGGAAGAAAUGCCUCCAUUUCCAGAGAGGGAGUCCUCAAUUCUGGCUAAGCUCAAGAAGAAAAAGGGCCCCAACACAGUUACUGACUUGGAAGAGACAAAGAAAGAGAGGAACUCUGAUGUGAAUGGGAGCACAGAAGCUACUCUUGUAAAUGCCAGCACUGUGGUAGGUUGGUUUCAGCAGCGUAAGAUACCAGUUCUUGAAGCCAGGUUGAUUAUAAGGGAAAUGGAAUGUCUGCAUAUAACCCUAGAGGAGAGGUCUCCUUCCAGACCUCAGCUAUACUGGUACCCUGGCAACCAGGAAAGGCCAAUUUAGAUACACCUCAAAAUCCAAAUUAAUUUGCUUUAUGAAUGGCUAGGUUAGAUAUUUUCUCAGUCGUUUUUCUGUACAUUUUGGUCAUGCCAUGCCACUGGGCCAGUUUCUUGUAUUGAGAUCUGAACCCCAGAACAACUUGGGUCAGGGUUACCUUGCGACUGUCUGGGCCCGUAUAUCUUGGCUCAAUCACUGAGAUCAUCCGAAAGAUCACAGUUAGUUGUCCCUUGUGUUUCGGAAGCCAGUGGGCUUUAACUAGAAGUCAGGCAGGCUUCCAGUCCCAUGCUGUGGAAUAUUCUUCCAGCAGAAAUACAACAGAUAGCCUCACUGCUAACCUCCAGGUGUCUCUUGAAGACUUCUUUGUGUUGACAGGCCUGUUCCGUGGUUUAAGCUUUUCAGAUGAGUGGGCCAUUUUUAUCAUCAUUUUGUAUUUUUUAAAUGGUAUUUUAUAUAUAUAUUUGUAAACCUUGUACACUACCCUGAGAUUUUAUAUAAGAGGGUGGUCUAUAAAUAUUUUUAUAAAUAUAAAUAUUAUACGUACACAUAGAGGUGGGUCUUAUUCCCAGUCUAACAAUGUGUCCAUGUUGAUUUAAUGGAGUGACACUGGGCUAUUCUUGAUGAGGUGGCUUUCAGUCACAUGUACUCCUGUUAAUCUCUCUGGGACUAAAAAUCAAAAUGUAAGAAGCUGUGAGUUUACUCCUCAGAGGAAAAGUAUACUGAGAAUCCAGGAGUGGGUUGCGAGUAACACAGCAACAUGCCAGGCUUCCUCUUCUUAUGACUUUUCCUCCUCAGCAAGUUCCUUUCCCCUUUAGAUCUUAUACCUGUGAUAACUGCUCGUCUGCUCACGUUUUCAUGCCGUGUUACUGUUCAAAUUGAUUUGCUGUCUCCUUUUCUGAUAACGUUAAAUGCUUUGUGGGUCAAGGAACGGGAUGUUAUUGCUAAAUCAAAUUAAUGUGAUGAACGACACAGUUUUCUUAAUGAAAGAACUUCACGUUGGAUGGGGAAAGUGAGCUGGGGACAUGGCCCGGUUUGUAUCUUAUCAGCAGACAUGCUUUAAUCACAGAACUUUCCUGUUGUCUCUUACAGUCUACUCCAUCUCCUUCAGCAGACCUUUUAGGACUUGGCACAGCCCCCACGACAAACUCUGUUGCAGCCCCAGCAUCUAGUGGCAGUUUGUUGGUAGAUGUGUUUUCGGACACCUCUGCGGCUCCCGCAUCUCUAGCUCCAGGUUCUGAAGAUAACUUUGCAAGGUAUAUAAUAAAUCAAAGCAUCAUAGGAGUGGUGGGAAGCAAUUGUUCCCCCUUUCUCGUUCCCAGCUACUACAAGGUUCCCUUCUUGCAUGUUUCACUGAGAGAGCAACAAAGGUUGGCAAGUCAUCUUAACUCAUGUACGACACUAUUCGCCUUGCUAGGAUUGGCCACACUUUUUUAUUUUGGGGGAAGACAUCUUAUUCAUCACAUAGUAGUCUGGGCACUGGAUGUCACUUUCCUGUAAAUCUUAAAUAUCUCUUCCAUAUAACUGGAAAGCAUUUUUCUCUCCUUGGCUGAAUUCUCUUGAUUGUAGAAUUGGAUAGGGCUGCAAACAGAUAAAAUUUCAUGGAGGGCCAGACCUGGCCCACCAGACACAAGUUGACCACCUUUCCUUUAGGGUAAGUGCAUGCAUGGCAAUGAGAAUAAUCAUAAUGGUAUUAAUUAAAUAUCUGGUUAAUAGGAAUAGAUAAUAAUAAAAUGAUGACUACAAUCAAUAUAUUUUUAUGUGAGAACAGUAUUAUUUUGCUCUAGUUUAGUAAUUUCUCCUGUUGCAUGUGUGAAACCCCCUUUUUAAAAACAAAACAAAAACUAAUGACAUUCCUUCUCUGUCUGUUAAAUCAAGUACUGGUAGCUUUAUGAAACAUCACUGGUCAGGUCUCUUGAUUCAACGAGUGUUUUGCACUUGGCAGCAGCUUCACAUGAAGUUCUUAGGGCAAUGCUGCAGUGUUGGAGCCUGAGUUUGGGAGUUGUCUUCCUUUAUUUUAAAAAUUUAAGCCAUUGUCUUAAAAGGCAGUGUAGAAAAACUUGAAAAUGCUUGAAGACAAAUGUCAAGCUCUGUCCAUAACUCAGAAGAGUGCUGCAAAGUUGCAACGUGGUGGACAAUCUUGAGCAAAGCCAUUUCAAGAACUGGGGUAUUUGAUAAGAGCACACAAAUACUGUCAAGGGGGCAAAUUCUCUCAAAUUGUUACUUGAGUUUCUUUGUGCUCAAUAAUUCAGGAUUGUGUGUGCAAGCAAAUCUUAGAUUCAGUGUAUCUAUAGACCGGAAUCCCAACAUUGCUUGAAUAGACUUCCAGUUCUGCAGCAGGACAUCAGCCUUCCCAUUGAACUAGACUAGCACAGCCCUGUUCCGGUUGUGCCCAAACAUUGUUGGUUACAACCCACUGAGUCUUUCUUAUAAGCUAUUGAAAAUGCUGCUCUUACGCUGCAGCCCUGUACCCACUUACAUGGGAGUAACAGCCACUAAUAAUAAUAAUAAUAAUAAUAAUAAUAAUAAUUUUAUUAUUGCCCAUCUGGCUGGGCUUCCCCAGCUACUCUGAGCAGCUCACAGCAUAUAUCAUAACAUACUAAAACAUCAGGCAUUAAAAACUUCCCUAAACAGGGCUGCCUUCAGAAGUCUUCUAAAAGUCGGAUAGUUGUUUAUUUCCUUGACAUCUGAUGGGAGGACGUUGACAGGGUGGGCGCCACUACCAAGAAGGCCCUCUGCCUGGUUCCCUGUAACAUCACUUCUCGCAGUGAGGGAACCAGCAGAAGGCCCUUGGAGCUGGACCUCAGUGUCUGGGCUGAGCGAUGGGACUUCUUUUUCACUAAGUAGGUUUAAGAUAGUGUUGUUAAUGGAGUUGGGAGGAGGGAUUUUUCCUCCUCCCUAAGUUUUCCUUUCCUUACUAACUAACCUCUCCCUUUCUGUGUGCUGCCUCUUCUCUUCUCUUCUUUUCUCUUCUCUUUUCUUCUCUUUCUGCUGCUUCACUUUAGUCCUGACCUAUCUUCAAAUGAGCAGGUGGUUUCUGAGGAACCAGCUGAUGCUGUGCAUGAUGCUGAUGAGCUUUUUCACACGUAAGCAAUACUAAAUCCUUGCAGGACUGGGCAACUAGUACAACCUCUUACUUUUUUUAAAAAAAGCACAUCAUUUCAAAUGAUUUUACUUGUUACUGCUUGUUCUGGCCUGAGUAUGAUCUGCCUUGGAGCAGGCGUGAUCAAAAUGUGCAUGUGAAUCGUCAUAGAGAGAACAACCUUUUUAUCUUCUUAUCCAGUUUUUAAAUCUAAUCCAGGAAGGUAACUGAAAAGUAGCAAGCUUUUUUAGAGUGUAAAAAAGGCAAUAGAAUUGCUUGUAAUGGAAGCUGGCAUCAAUUGCUUUGGAUCUCGGUAAUUAUAGAUCAAAUGUUUUCAAAGUUUACAUGUUGCCUAAUUGCAAAAGCUGUGGGCUGGUUCUACUUGAUAUUGUAAGUCAAGUGGUGAACAUGCAGGUAUGAGGGAGUCCUCACACAACUAUCUCUUUAAAUACAAUGCAGCAUUGUCAUUUCACACAUCCUGCAUCUGGAGGCUGAGUGUCACACACACACACACACACACACACACACACACACACACGUGUAUUUGUGAAUCAGCCCUAUGAUACUCUGUGGCAGUCAACAUGCAGCAUAUUCUGGGAUAGAGCUCUGCAGUGUUGAUGAGUAUUCAAAGGAAUUGAAUAUCGAGGCUUUGGUUCUUACAGUGUGCUAGAAUGUCUAGUCUUUCCUUCAGGAAAAAUAGUGAAGUAAGAACCAAGACUGUGCCUGGGUCCUAAACUCUUACUAAACUAAAGUAAUGCAAAUGCUGUUAUUUGUUGUGCAUUUUGCAAAGCAGUUUGCAAGGUCUGCAUACUCAUAGCAUUCCCGUGAGCUAGGCUGUCAAUCCUAUUUUACAGAAGAAAUAUUGAGGCUGCAUGUUUUGUCCAAGGUCACAUAGUAGAUUCCCAGACCCAUAGCUAGUUUGUACUGUUUCUCCCAUUUGUCUUACCCACAUAAUUUACCUAAUACAUAAAAUUCCAAAACAUUUUUUUAAAAAUCAUUUGCCUUGGGCAACCACAAUUUGGCAACCACCAUAAUCUAAAGCUCUUCAUAAUGCAUUGCUGUCUGUCUUCCGAUUCAUUGCGUUAGUAGAUAAUUGAUGUUUGAAGCCUGAGCUAAUUAGUCAUAGCUGGGAGAGAAAACACCAUGCCUACCCCAACUUGGCAAUAGUUAAUACUUAGAAUGGCACCAAGCAAGUGAUAUGCCAUUUUAAUGUUUCUAAGAUGCCCUAGGGGAUAUUGUCAUGUCUUUCAAACUUCAGUCUUUUGCUCCUACCAGUUGCCCAGUCCUCAAAGCAUGGAUGUUGUGGCUCCUUAACCCUUCCCCCCAAUGUUUCUGUGAUUGGGGCAGCUUGGAAUAGUUGAGGAAUAAAGCAAAUUUUGCAAGGACUAUUUGACCUACAGCUUACUUCUUGAUUUUGAUUCUAUCUUGGUUCUUGCUUCUUCUUGACUUCUUCUAAUACUCCUGGGUGCACAGAUGUCUGACUGCAUCCUUUCUAUCUAAAGCAGUUGGUAACAACAUGUGAUUUAUCUAAAACAUAAUUCCUGUAUUGUGCCUGCUUCUCUCUUUCUAGGUUUGUUUGCAAAAAUAAUGGAGUCUUAUUUGAGAAUCAGUUGCUACAGAUUGGUUUGAAAUCUGAAUUUCGGCAGAACCUGGGUAAGAACAACACAGUUUAUGAUAAGCUGCAUUCUACAGUAUUACCUGAGGUCCUAUUUUUGUAAGAAGUGUCAUGUUUGGGCCUCUAACGAAAUAUUGCUGGGCCUUUGUAAGAAUUUCAGAAAAGCCCUGCAUAUUAUAAUUAAUUCCUUUUCAAGCUUAAGUAGGCUUGGGUGGUGGUUUAAAUCAAACGCUCAUAAGUGUUGCCUUGUUUCUUUGCAGGUCGGAUGUUCAUAUUUUAUGGGAACAAGACUUCAACACAAUUUUUGAAUUUUACUCCAGCGCUAAUCUGUUCAGAUGAACUCCAGGCUAAUAUCCUUUUGUUACCUGAUAUCGCUAACAAGAGAAAUUGUUCUUAAGCGCAGGAAUCAGCCUGUAUGCUGCAGGGACUGCAGUUCAGUAGGAAGAAUUGGAGAACAUUGGGCAAAAGUGUUCAUUGCAUUUCUUGGGGAACCACAAUAUAGAGAAAGGUGAUUUAAGGAUAAUCAUGUCAGGAAGGUAGACUGGCUCUGUGUUUGACCUAGAAAAGUGUGUCCCUUCUCUCUACAGUGGUACCUCGGGUUACAAACACCUCGGGUUACAAACACUUCAGGUGACAGACUCCGCUAACCUGGAAGUAGUACCUCGGGUUAAGAACUUUACCUCAGGAUGAGAACAGAAAUCGUGUGGCGGCAGUGGGAGGCCCCAUUAGCAAAAGUGGUACCUCAGUUAACGGUUUCAGGUUAAGAACGGACCUCCGGAACGAAUUAAGUUCGUAACCAGAGGUACCACUGUACUAGGCAUUAUGCAGGCAGAGUUCCUUGGUUUUAAAUUAUUUGUUUAAAUGACAAUGUUUAUGGAGUGUGGCUGCCCCUCUAGUGUCAAGGGAUCCCUCAAAAUGUUCUGCCUCUCAAAUAUUGUCAGGUUACUCUUGAAGAUAGCUGUCAUGCAAACCUGACUUUUUUUUAGAUUCUAAAAUACCUGUCUGUUAUGAUUAUUAUUAUGAAUGCAAUUUAAUAUGCAUUUUGGGGAAAAAUAUUAAAUAGCUGCUGCAGGGGAUCGUGAGCACCAUGGGGAGUUCAGGAGAUAGAGAUGAUGUUUCCUAUCUGCUGCUGUGAUUCUGGCAAAAUGCACCCCUCAAACUGUUGUUUGUGUCAGGGGGCUUCCCUCUUGGUGCAAAGAGCAGGGUGCGUGAGUAGGUGCAUGCCUGAUUUUCCAUUUGAAAAGGAGGUGCUUCCUCUUGGUUCAUGUGGGAACCAAUGAUACUGCAAGCAAUAGCCUCCAGAAGAUCAAAAGAGACUACGAGGCUCUGGGCAGGAAAUUGAAGCAAUUAAAUACACAAAUUGUCAUCUCAUCUGUCCUCCCAGUUGAACGACGUGGCCCAGGGAGAGAGGGAAAAAUAGUGGAAGUGAACAGCUGGCUUCGCAAAUGGUGUAAACAGGAACGGUUUGGAUUCGUAGAUCACGGACUGCAGUUUCUUGAAGAUGGACUUCUGGCAAGCGAUGGGCUGCACCUCACAACAGUUGGGAGGAAUGUUUUUGCCAAAAAUCUCAGAAACCUCAUCAGGAGGGCUUUAAACUGACUAAUUUGGGGGAGGGAGACAGUGCUCCUGAAGGUAGGAGUCUAUCAAUUGAUGAAGAUGAUCAUCCAAAUGUCAUAGACCAAAUGGAGCAAACAGCACGCAGACCUAGUGGUGGAAGGAAAAAAUCCUUAAAUAAGAGUCACGGGGGAAUGAUUAAUGGACUUCAAUGUCUGUACACUAAUGCGCAAAGCAUGGGAAAUAAACAAGAUGAGCUUGAGCUCUUGGUACAGCAAACUAAAUAUGACAUAAUAGGCAUCACUGAAACCUGGUGGGAUAAGUCCCACGAUUGGAAUGUAAUAAUGGAGGGAUACAAUCUGUUUCAGAGAAACAGACCAGACAAGAAAGGAGGAGGAGUGGCGUUAUAUGUCAGGGAUGUGUAUACCUGUGAAGAGAUCCAAGAUUUAGAACCUCAAAGCCAAAGUGAGAGCAUUUGGGUCAAAAUUAAGGGAGAGAAGAAUAACAGUGACCUCAUUGUGGGAGUUUACUAUAGAUCCCCAAGCCAAACGGAGGACAUAGAUGAUGCCUUCCUGGAACAGAUGGCCAAGCAUGCAAAAGGAAGGGAGAUAGUAGUAAUGGGGACUUCAGUUACCCAGAUAUUUGUUGGAUGUCAAACUCAGCCAAGAGCAUAAGGUCAAACAGAUUCCUCACUGGCCUUGCAGACAACUUCAUUGUCCAGAAAGUGGGAGAAGCAACAAGAGGAACAGCCAUUUUAGAUCUGGUCCUAACCAAUGUUGAUGACCUGGUUAGUGGGGUAGAAGUGGAAGGAUCAUUAGGCGCGAGUGAUCAUGCUCUUCUGAAGUUUACUAUACAGCGUAAAGGAGCAGCCAAGCAUACUAGGACUCAAUUUCUUGACUUUAAGAAAGCCGACUUCAUAAAACUUAGGGAAGUGCUGGGUGAGAUCCCAUGGACAGUAAUACUAAAAGGAAAGGGAGUUCAUGAUGGCUGGGAGUUUGUUAAGAGGGAGAUAGUAAAAGCACAACUUCAGGCAAUACCAAUGAGACGGAAACAUGGAAGGUGCCUAAAGAAGCCAGGGUGGCUAUCUAAAGAACUUUUAACUGAGUUAAGAUUAAAAAGGAUGUGUACAAAAAUGGAAAAGGGGGAAACCACCAAAGAGGAAUUCAAACAAAUAGCCAGCACGUGUAGACACAAAGUCAGAAAAGCUAAAGCACAGAAUGAACUCAGGCUUGCUAGAGAGGUUAAAAGCAACAAAAAGGCUUUUAUGGGUAUGUUCGUAGCAAAAGGAAGAACAAAGAAACAGUGGGGUCACUCAGAGGAGAAGAUGGUGAAAUGCAAACAGGGGACACAGAAAGGGCUGAACUCCUCAAUGCCUUAUUUGCCUCAGUCUUCUCCGAUAAAGAAAACAAUGCCCGACCUGAAGAAUUUGGAGCAAAUGAUUCAGCAGAGGAAGCACAGCCCAGAAUAACUAAGGAGAUAGUACAAGAAUACUUGGCUAGUUUAGAUGUAUUCAAGUCUCCAGGGCCAGAUGAACUGCAUCCAAGAGUAUUAAAAGAACUGGCAGAUGUGAUCUCAGAACCACUGGCAGUCAUCUUUGAGAAUUCCUGGAGAACAGGCAAAGUCCCGGCAGACUGGAGGAGGGCAAAUGUUGUCCCUAUUUUCAAAAAGGGGAAAAGAGAGGACCCAAAUAAUUACCGCCCAGUCAGUCUGACAUCAAUACCAGGGAAGAUUCUGGAGCAGAUCAUUAAGCAAACAGUCUGUGAGCACCUAGAAAGGAAUGCUGUGAUCACCAAUAGUCAGCAUGGAUUUCUGAAAAAUAAGUCAUGUCAGACUAACCUGAUCUCGUUUUUGACAGAAUUACAAGCCUGGUAGAUGAAGGGAACGCAGUGGAUGUAGCCUACCUUGAUUUCAGCAAGGCAUUUGACAAGGUGCCCCAUGAUAUUCUUGUAAAGAAGCUGAUAAAAUGCGGUCUUGACUAUGCUACCACUCAGUGGAUUUGUAACUGGCUGACUGACCGAACCCAAAGGGUGCUCAUCAAUGGUUCCUCUUCAUCCUGGAGAAGAGUGACUAGUGGGGUGCCACAGGGUUCUGUCUUGGGCCCGGUCUUAUUCAACAUCUUUAUCAACGACUUGGAUGAUGGACUCAAGGGCAUCCUGAUCAAAUUUGCAGAUGACACCAAACUGGGAGGGGUGGCUAACACCCCAGAGGACAGGAUCACACUUUAAAACGACCUUGACAGAUUAGAGAACUGGGCCAAAACAAACAAGAUGAAUUUUAACAGGGAGAAAUGUAAAGUAUUGCACUUGGGCAAAAAAAAUGAGAGGCACAAAUGCAAGAUGGGUGACACCUGGCUUGAGAGCAGUACAUGUGAAAAGGAUCUAGGAGUCUUGGUUGACCACAAACUUGACAUGAGCCAACAGUGUGACGCGGCAGCUAAAAAGCCAAUGCAAUUCUGGGCUGCAUCAAUAGGAGUAUAGCAUCUAGAUCAAGGGAAGUAAUAGUGCCACUGUAUUCUGCUCUGGUCAGACCUCACCUGGAGUACUGUGUCCAGUUCUGGGCCCCACAGUUCAAGAAGGACACUGACAAACUGGAACGUGUCCAGAGGAGGGCAACCAAAAUGGUCAAAGGCCUGGAAACGAUGCCUUAUGAGAAACGGCUAAGGGAGCUGGGCAUGUUUAGCCUGGAGAAGAGGAGGUUAAGGGGUGAUAUGAUAGCCAUGUUCAAAUAUAUAAAAGGAUGUCACAUAGAGGAGGGAGAAAGGUUGUUUUCUGCUGCUCCAGAGAAGCGGACACGGAGCAAUGGAUCCAAACUACAAGAAAGAAGAUUCCACCUAAACAUUAGGAAGAACUUCCUGACAGUAAGAGCUGUUCGACAGUGGAAUUUGCUGCCAAGAAGUGUGGUGGAGUCUCCUUCUUUGGAGGUCUUUAAGCAGAGGCUUGACAACCAUAUGUCAGGAGUGCUCUGAUGGUGUUUCCUGCUUGGCAGGGGGUUGGACUCGAUGGCCCUUGUGGUCUCUUCCAACUCUAUGAUUCUAUGAUUCAAAUACCUGACGGGCUGUUGCACCAAAGAUGGAGCAGGCUUGCUUUCUGCUGCUCUGGAGAGCCGGUCUAGAACCAAUGAUUGGAAAUGGCAGGGAAGCAGAUUUUGGCUAAACCAUUUAAAGAGAAACUUCCUAAUGCCAAGAACUAUAUAUCCAACAGUACAGAAGGCUUCCCUGGGAGGUGAUGGGAUUUCCUCCUCUGGAGCUGUUUAAACAAUGGCUUAAUGGUCAUCUGUCUGGGUCCUGAGAUGCUGUGGUUGCAUCCUGGAAGGAGCAGGUGGUUGGGCUUAGAUGACUCCCAUGUCCCUUUCUACUCCACGAACCUAUGAAAAUGCACCCCUGCCACCCCCUGCAGUCCUGGUGCUGCUCAGGCUCCCUUGCGGCUGUUAUUUAUUUGCACCCCCCCCCCCCAGCACUUAAAUCACAUUUUUGUAAUCAAUGUCUCAUGUUUUAGUUUGGUUAUUUGUGACUUUUAUGGCAGCACUUUCCCAAUAUUAAGUUAGCCAAAUAGCCUGUUUCCUUAACCUGCCACGCCUGAAUUUGCAGACGAAACCAGUUGAUCCCACUGUGGAGGGAGGUGCUCAGGUGCAGCAGAUAGUAAACAUUGAGUGCAUAUCGGACUUCAUGGAAGCACCAGCCCUAAAUAUUCAGUUCAGGUACAACUCUUAAUUUGGGUCUAUAUGUGUUGGGUUUAAGUAAGGACUGUCUUCUAAACAAAUGAAACCGAACGAUUGGGGCGCGGAACCACAUUUUGGGGUGGAGUUUUAAUUCAACAGACACCUGUGUCUAUAUCCUUUGAAGACUUUUUUUUUUAAAAAAAGAAAAACCUGUGGCAACUGUUUCCUAAUGUUCAAAGGUCCUCAAAGGUUUAAAUUGUUGCUGUUUGAAUGUUUCAGAUAUGGAGGAACGUUGCAAAACAUUUCUGUAAAGCUUCCCAUCACACUGAACAAAUUUUUCCAGCCUACAGAAAUGGCCGCUCAAGACUUCUUCCAAAGGUGGAAGCAGCUAAGCAGGUAAGAUGGUUCAGAUCCUGCACAGCCAUUAAUGGCACAUGCUGUGUUGCUUUAGUCUGGUGGUGCCUACCCAUUAACUUGAGCCCUUCCAGGGGUGUAUGAAGGUGUAAAUUAUUUCAUCAGUCAAGCUGAUGUAGAAGAACAUUGACCUCCUUUGUACUAACGUCUCUGCAGGAUUGAACUGGAGAAGGACAAGUCCUGCAUUUUUCCACAGCUAGCUGUGCACAGUACAUUUCUUUUAUUUAUUUUUUUAACCCUACUGUUCUUUAUAAAUAAAUCCAAAGCAACUUAUAAAAUUACUAAACAUUAAUAAAAGCAUUUCCAGAAUCACUAAAAAAUAGUAUAUAGAUAAGAUGAGUUUUUAAAUCAGAGAGAGAGAGAGAAACAUUAAAUGAAAUCAAAAGUUCAGCAUACUAACGCGCCUGAAGCUUAUAAGGAUGAGAGUUCCAUGAUCUGGGUGCUGCAGUAGAAAAGUAUCCCAACCAACUGUGCUCCAGAAAAUGUUGGAACAUAUAGCAGGACCUCCCGUGUUGAAUUCAGCAGGUGAUCAGGAUUAUAUGGGAGGAGGCAGACCUUCAGAUAUCCUGUUCCCAAACAGUUUAGGGCUGAGGUGGUGGGUGGGGGUUGUGGUCCUCUAGAUGUUGUUGGACUCCCAGUUUCCUUUGGACCACCCAGAAUGGCCAGUGGUCAGGAAUGGCAGGAGUCUACAACAUCUGGAGGGCCACAGCUUCCUCUUCAAUGGUUUAGGGCUUUGUGGGCAAGAACCAGCAGCCUGAAUUGUGCUUGGGGAAACACUGGGAGCCACUGCAACAAAACUGGAGUGAGGUGAUCAGUAAAGUAGACUCCCAAAACCAUUUUGCACCAGUUUAAAUUUCCAAAAGGGUUUCAGAGGACACUGUAUGCAGAGCGUGUUCCAGUUUUCCAGUUUGGGUGUCACCAGGGCAUGUGUGUCAAUUACCAGAUCUGCUGAAUGUUCCUGUCAGUAAUUGAUAAUGAUCCAUAUCUUUCCCUCUCCCCAAUCCCCUGGGGUAAUUUUGCAGUGUUUUAAAAAUUGGUCCUGCUUGAUAAGUUUACAUGUAAAUUUAACAUUUUAGUUGAUUUUUUAAAAGUGGGCAGCCUACCUGAAUUGUGGGUGGGUUGUUGGGUGGAAGGAGGGAGGGAGGCAAAACAGACUGCUGAAUCAAUAUUUGGUUCAUUGACUGAAUGAUGUCCUUUUUGUGAAGGCAGGAGGAAGCUGAUGUAACCCUGCAGCGAAAAACUGCUUCAAGCCUCAAUUUUUAUAGGUUCAGUUUUAACCACCCCUAAUUUGCUGGUUCUAUAUGAAAUGCUGCCUAACUCUCUCAUGUUUGUACUGUAAAACCAAAGCAAAUGUUAACUACUUUAACCUUGGUGUUACUUUGCAGCCCUCAACAGGAAGUGCAGAACAUCUUUAAAGCAAACCAUCCAAUGGAUACCGAAAUUACAAAGGCAAAGGUGGGUAGCAGGUGGCUGUUAUCCUCCUCCUCCUCCUCCUCCUUCUUCUUUGGCUAUCACUCAUAGCCGAGUAAGAUUACUCACCAUCACAAGGUGAUGAUCCCACGAUUGAGAUCGUUAUCACCAUUGCUACUUGGGCAUUUAUAACCUGCACACUUCAUUGCUGUUGCUCCCAGAGUGCUUUGCCAGAAAAUAAAAAUCAUCUGCAAUAAAAUAAAAUGUGUCAAGCAAUGUUAAAACAAAAAUGUAAAUACAUGUAAAAACACACACACUGCAGCAGAAUCAAACCCAGUUUAAACUGUAUUUUUUAAAGUUCUGGGCAAAUAAGAAUAAAAAAGCUCUUUUCCUAGCCCCUCCAAAGGACAUGAGCUUUGACUUCGGGAUAUCAUUCCAUGGACAACUGUGAGCCUUUUCUCUGACUACUGCUCACUUCUGACAAAAGAGAAUCUGGAGAAGCAUACAGGAAAUUUUAUCUACAUACAAGCCCACUUACACACACAACUGAGGUAUGGAUAUUUGCAGUGGAGAUGCCUAUGUGCAGUUGGGGUGCUAAGUUCUGGGGAAGGUUCUGCACAUAGAGACCUGCACAUAAUAAAUAGGCUUUCUUCCUGCAGGUAUCUAUGCCUAAUGUGAGAAAAGCAUGUGGUAGGGGGAAGUACAUGAAAUGUAAACUGCCAAAUGUUACCAGUUCCUUUCAGAGCACAAAGGCUUGUUUGUGCCUAGACCAGGCUUCCUCAACCUUGGCCUGCCAGAUGUUUUGAGACUACAAUUCCCAUCAUCCCUGACCACUGGUCCUGCUAGCUAGGGAUCAUGGGAGUUGUAGGCCAAAACAUCUGGAGGGCUGAGGUUGAGGAAGCCUGGCCUAGACUUUGUAGGGUGGUUCUUCCAGAUAUCUGUCUAUUGUCUGCUUCUUGUAGGUAGGAGCCUCAUGAGUUGUAGCCAGCAAUCAAAGCAUCUGAGCUCUUGAAACUUAAAUAACCCAUUCUGAAAGCAUGCAAGGAGUCCAAUACAAGGCAUUUUGGGGGAAAUCUAGUGCAAGAACCACUGCUCCACAGAUAUGCUCCCACUACAAUUGGAGACAUUCCUGCAAGAAUGUAUCUGUGGAGUCUCAGUUCAAACACUGUAGUCCUGUAACGCAGGAGUCUGGUUGUGAGAGGCUGCAUGGAGGUUGUUGACCACCAUUUGACCUGCUGUGUGUUCAGCAUGUCGAUCAAGCCCAUCUUUUGUAAGGCCCCUUUCCUUCCUUUCUCACCACCUGCUCUUUCUUUUUCCUGGUCUCUGGUUCAAAUCCCCUUUUUGGCUUUCCUUUGGCAGAUUAUUGGCUUUGGCACAGCUUUACUGGAAGAAGUAGAUCCCAAUCCUGCUAACUUUGUCGGAGCCGGCAUAAUCCACACAAAAUCAUUCCAGAUUGGAUGUUUGAUGCGUCUUGAACCCAACCUGCAGGCACAGGUAAUGGCUUCUUGUUUACUUGCUGAAUGUUUUGAAAGUGUGGAAGAGCAAAACGGAAGAGAUUUUUUUAAAUAUACCACAUAGUUUUACUAUGCCCACUUCUGUGACUCUAGCGUGCAUCAGCCAAUAUUAUGUAUGAGGUUGUUUUCUAGGAACAAUCAGCUAAGACAGAGUGAAAUAUCUUGCGGCUGUUCUAUGGUUCCAGCAGCUAUGCAAUUAUUCUGCUUCCUUCCUAAGACAUAAUGCAUUCUUUUGAGACCCUGCUUUGGAAAUAAUACCUGCCAGACAAGUGGUAAAAACUGCUUCACUGUGACUAAUUUGCCUGUGUGCAAUGCCACAUGCAGGUCUGCGCCUCUGCUGAACUAGACUGGAACAUUCUAGAGCAUGGGUAGGCAAACUAAGGCCUGGGGGCCAGAUCCAGCCCAAUCACCUUCUCAAUCUGGCCCGUGGAUGGUCCGGGAAUCAGUGUGUUUUUACAUGAGUAGGGUAUGUGCUUUUAUUUAAAAUGCAUCUCUGGGUUAUUUGUGGGGCAUAGGAAUUCGUUCAUUCCCCCCACCCCAUAUAGUCCGGCCCCCCACAAGGUCUGAGGGACAGUGGACUGGCCCUCUGCUGAAAAAAUUUGCUGACCCCUGCUCUAGAGCACUAAAAGUAAAGGGCUAUAGAACACAUGCCUCAUAGGCAGAAGAUGCCUGGUUCAAUCGCUGGCAUCUCCAGGUAGUGGAACACUUGUCAGAAAUCCUGGUGAGUGGUUGCUACUCAGUGUAGGCAGUACUGAGCUAGUUAGACAAUGAUCUGUUUAUGAUUCAGCUUCCCAUGUCACCAUGUUUCUCAGGUUCAUUUACCUCAAGUGGAUGAGCACCCUUCUGCCAGCUUCUCUCAGUAGCAGCAGCUGGUAGGACGUUCUCUGUAUGCUCAUACAUCUUUAGCACUUUCUUCUUGCCCCUACGUAGGGAGCUUAUUUGCUUGUGUGAUACCUUUGUGGAAGUUGUUUCUUAUCCCCCCUCCCCUUUUAUGCUUAUGUGCAGCCCAAAGUAUACUUCAUUUUCAUUCUAAAUGAUAACUGGAUUAUUUUAAAAUGCUGUUGUACUAAAACGUACAGCACUGCUUUUCCAAAAAGCUCUACUUUUUUCAUGGUCAUUGUCUUCUUCUUUGGCGAUCAUUCGUAGCCGAGUCAGAUUGUCUUCCAUAAACACGGUUUUAACAAUGAGUCCAUGACAAUGGGUCCAUGUCAUUUUGUGAGCGGUGGGAACUAAGCCAGGUGGUAAUGAUACACCAGUUUAUACUUGUCAUGGAAGAUUUUGGAGACACACCAGCUAUGAAGCCAGACAAUUUUUUUUAUUGUCUGUCCGUCUCUCUUAAACAAGGAAACUCCUUAAUUCCACACAGAUACAUCUCAGUCCACUGCCACCUGGUGACUAAACUAUGUAAUGACACUAUUGGUGUUUAUACCCAACCCUCCAGCCUAAAAAAGUUCCCAGAGCAGCUUACAAAGAUUAUUCAUGGAACAGUCUUUGUCCUAAGGCUUGCAAUACCAAGUACAUGAUGCAAAAGAGGGGGGGGGGUAGAAGGGGCAAUAGGCAAAUUCUGGCACUGGUUCUUAGCUACAUCUUUGGUUAUCUCUCAGUGAGUGAAACACCAUCAUCAGAUGUGACUGCAAUAUUACUGGAUGUUGCAUUCAUGGGAUCAGCCCUCUUGGGCACCAAAAAUAUCCUGGCAUCUCAUUUGGGCCUCGCUGGAAAGUGAGGCUUUGGGGGGGGGGGGAGGUCCUAGAUGACAGCCCUGCUGAGAACCCAAGGAGAGCCCCGUUUGCCCAGCCAGCCUGUGGUCCAAAACUGUCUUUAGAAAGUUGAUGAGGAAAAGGCCACAAAUAGGAUACAAAUAAUUAAAUGUUGCAAAGAUUUUGUGUUUUUAAAUGUACACCAUCAGCCACUGUUAACUUCCAUUCAGAUCUUACCUGUAUAAAUGUGUUGGGGGUGGGGUUUUUUGGGGGGCAGCCACUGAAAAUUGUUCUUCUGUUCUUUUCCAGAUGUACAGAUUAACACUACGGACAAGUAAAGAAACGGUGUCCCGAAGGUUAUGUGAAUUACUUUCGGAACAGUUCUGAGCCAUAAUGUGCAAACCCUUCUGAUUCUCCAUUUCUGCCAUUGUCCAUGUCCUGCUCCAAAAAUGUUUUGUACACCAGUGUCUGCAAAAAUAAUUGCCACCCCAUUCACAUCCCUGCCUUAAAGGACCUGUCCCUUUUUAUGUGAAACAAAUGAUAUGUGCAACAUAAAAUUACUUAAAUGUGAAAAAAAAAAAAAAUGACUCUUAGAUUUUUGGUGCAAAGAAGCUGGGAGGUCUUGUAUGUGUGUGGGAGGUCUUGUGUGUCUCAAUUCAACUGUGCUUCAUAUAUUUUUGGCAGGAGUUGUUUUAUUAAAAUUCACUUCAGGUAUGGUUAAUCCCAACUAAAUAAAACAGUUUCGCUGGAAAUGCCACUGUAAAUUGCUAGAGGCAUGCUAGAAGAAGAAGAAAAAAGUAUGAAAGAGAAGUUGGUGUUCAGAGAGGGCUAGAUUCUAUUCCUGCUCUAUUGAAUGUUACCCCAUGUCCUUUUUAAAGGAUCUAGAUACAUCUGAAGAUGGCUGUAAGUAUUUGCUUUGUAAAGAACAUUUGGAGGCAUAAGCACAUAUUCUGAUUCAUAUUUUAAUAUCCUCAAAUGACUUCCUUUAAAUCCCAGCCCUCCACUUUUCUCCAAGUUCUGAACUACCAAAGAGUUAUCGUCAUGAUAAAUGCUUAAGUAAGAAAACCACAUUGGGUUCUUGGGUACAACAUGUUGUUGUUGUUUUUUCCAAAGCUCUGGUUGAUCAUCUAAACAUCAGUACACUUUGACUUUAAAUUAAGAAAUCACUUGAAGUAUUCUUUUACCUAAGACUUUCCAAGCAACCCAAGGCAUUGGUAUUCCUGCCCCCCCCCCCGGCACUUUCCAGUUUAACAACAACAACAAAAGUAUUUUUUUACCCAUUUAACAUCUUCUGAAUCAUAGGGAUAGCCACUAGCUCUGAUCAGGGAGAGUUUAGUCUAUUCAGAUUUGAAAUACACUGUGGGCUUCUGCAAGUAUGAUGGGUAGGAAGCUGAUUGCUUUGAAAUGCUUGUCAUGUCACCAGAACACUUUUGGUCUAGAACUUGACAGUCCUGUUUUCAAAAAGUGUAGUAAUGGCACCUGUAGUUUGGUAAGAUCUAUGCAUUUGUGGAACAUGCUGUGGAACUGGCAUCUUCUUUGACAGAAGUAGAAUGAUCGUUAAACUGACUACCGUUACACACCUCUGAAGAGCUCCUUAAGAAGUAAUUUAUGACUACAUUAUAUACGAAGGCAAUGCAAAAAUUAAAAAAGUAAAAUAAGCUACAAUGUUGUCUGAUGACAAGUGAUAGUUGCUGCUUGAGUUAUGAGGCUUUUUAACAAACAACAACGUGGCUUAUUCUGUCCCAGUGUCUGGAAUUAACUAAUUAAAAACUGAAAAUCCACUUUCCUUCUUAAUGUGGCUAUUGGAUCAGAAUCAUAUUGACCAACUUCUCCAAUCAAAUUUGAUGAGUUAUAUUGAAGCACAUUGUAUGGAACUACCUGGUGUGUAACCUGGUAAAAUAAUAAAACAAUAACUCUUACAUUCUCCUAUCACUGUGGAAAUUUUUAGGAAUUGUCAUUAUGACAGGCCCAUUGCAUUACUGUGAUUACACUACUGUAAAUGGUAUUAAGCAUUCAGAGGUGUUCUGAAGUGUGUCUUAUCGCAGAUGCUGGGAAGAACAGCCAUCUCAUUUUUAACAUAGAUCCGUCCCACUGGAAGCAUAGUUUGUCUCCUUUUUAAUUCCACCUUAAUACACUCUUUUUGUGUACUGUUCACUUGUGUAAUUUUUGCAAAUAAAUGUGGUUUUAUCCACAAAGGGUGAUAUUUAACUAAAUUAUACUCAGGGUAGGCCAUGUGAAAUUAAUGGACUUCACUUAGUUAAGUCCAUUGACUUCAGUGGAUUUUCUCAGAGUAUGACUAACAUUGGAUAUCAUUCAUAGAGAAAAAGGACUCUAAAUAUAGGUGGCUCAAUGACCAACUGUAUAUAUGAGUAAUCAAACUUUAUGCAAGACUUCACCUCUGAUAUGAGCCAUAUAGGCAUUGUUUUGAAGAAAACUUUUUUUUUAAAAAAAGUUUUCUUUAUUGGGAUAAAUGACCUUGAUUUACCAAAGUUGUGUGUCCUCCUCCAUCUCAAGCAGAAGUUAACAGUUUCUGUGGCUAAAGCAGUAUUAGUAAUUAAGGUACAGUAUUUGUUUUGUUGACAUGUGAAAAUACCUGAACAGGAAGACAAAAUAUUGUGCACUUUUAGGCCUACACUCCAAUAUGUAAUGUGUAGUCAUCUCACUUGUAAAAAAAAAAAAAAUCACAAGCUUCUAUGGUGGGCUUUGAUUAUUAUGACUGUAAAAAAAAUGAAAAUAUAAAAAAACUAAUCAUGUUAUCUUUAAUGGAAAAAAAUAAAUGGCUAGAAGAGU